AUGCUUUUUACUUUUGUUCUUCUUUCCGACCGUGUGACCACAUCCGCGGCAAACCUUCAGGCUAUCGACUCAGAGCAUAUAAUGACACGUUCUCCUCAACAGGCAAAUGAUACCUCUCGUCUCACGGAGGGCCGUCAAUGGGACUCCGUGAGUACCAUCGAUUCAGCAGUAGAGGGCUUGGCACAGGAGGGGUAUCCGGAUGCUCCCUACCUCAGUCUGUCCGAAGCCGGUAAGCACUUGUUUCAUAACACACAAAUGCCUAUCCACCCUCUGGGUUUUAGAGGACCGGUAGGAUAACAUGCAUGGCGUAGAUUUGAUAGAGCCAGAAGAUAAAAAGUUAAGAGGCACCAAUGAGUAACAUCAGCGCUUCUAGUUAAAGUUGAUUAAAUAGUUAAUUUCUGCUUGUCUUUGUCAAAGUUUUGUCACAAACAAAAAUGUAAUGCUCAUUGGUAACCACAGAGAGGUUAAUAUAUAAAACAUAGGCAGGACGCCUUGGUCUGUCCAUGUACGCUUCUAUAUCUGGGUCAUUUGUUUUUAUUUUCGGCCCCAAAGUCCGGUUGGUGAUCUAAAAGUUGCCCAAAGGGGCAAGAAGCCGAGUCGCAGGAAGCAGUCGUGAAGAAUGAGCCACAACCGCUGAGAUAAGAGCGUUAUUGGCCAAAUUUUUCGGGUUCCGGCUCGAACCCAUCAUCAGAGAAAAUAGCAGAUACGGGUGAUUCGUUCACAGGGCACUGCAGUAUUUAUAGGGUGCAGUCGCCAUGCUAUCUCUUAUCCAUGAGUAUUCACGGUUCCCACCCUUCAUCGGGGAUCGUAGCACUUGGUGUGCUAAUUGUUUUAUGGCCGAUAUUCGCGCCGUUAUUGGCGGCGAUUUCAUCGCCUACGUUGGGUGUUGGUGUGAUGAUUGCUCGACCAUCUAACGCGCCGACUCUGGCGCUGGGAACAGUGUUCACCUGUGUCCUUUCCGCGUGGCUAAUUACUCCGCCUAGGCGAAGUCUCAGCACCGAGUAUGAAAGUGAAGUGUCGUUAUAAUUGUUAAUAGACUGCGGGUCAGUGGACCAUGACUCAAGCAGUUCCCGGCUCACGCGGUUGUCACCUCUAGCGAGAAUCUCGGCCUCGUCGGAUUUAAAUGUGUGACUGAUCUCAUCAAAUUAGCCGAAAUCUGAGAGCUGACCCCUUGUGCAUGACUUCCAGAUGUGCAAUAUUGUAUGUAAGCUGUAACUACAUACGUUUUGGAUUCUGCUCUAUUUUGUGAAUAGCUCACGCCCUGGAAGCAUGGAUUUUGCAAGUACGUACUUAAAACACCACCCUCAGUGCAUACAAGGAAAACGGAAAAAACUGGUAUAGAUUCCAUAUGUUCACUGUAGAGAGAAUACUUGUGAAUAAACCUUGCUCGAAAUCCUGGUGUUCUGUUUAUUGGCGGGCCGUGUGGGUUUGCUAAGCUAUGUCAGUCACUUGUACUCAAUUCCUGCAUCAUGUAGCUGGCCAGUCACUGGGCUGGUGGCUGUGUGCGGAAAGGUGGAGAAAAGCCCACUUUGAAGACUCUGUGUCAAUGCUCUUUUAGCUCAUCUCGUCAAUAUAAACAUUGUAACGUGCAUGCAAUCCAUCACGAUGCGCUAAAAGCCAUCAUAUGAGAGGUUGCCAACUGGCGCGAUGGCUCGGUUCUCUCAGGUGGGAGAAUCAGGCUACACUGUCUUCUUCGGGCCGACGAGAACCGAGGCACUACUGCACGCUUCUGUAUAAGCCAGGUUAUUGUGACAUGCACAAACCAUCUGCCUGUUCUUCCCUAGCCACUGCCCCUGAUCCCACCUCCAGACACCCUCAUCUAGUCUUACCAAAGCAUUUAAGGUUAUAAUGCAGGUGAGAGUGUGGAUAAUUCGGCGCAAGUCAGCCAUCAACAAAAAGUAGCGCGCGAACAGUCGAAAUCGCUACGUUCAUCCCACCAUAGAAUUCGUUAUAAUCAAGUCUUCUUCAAAUGCUGUACUAGAAGAAAGAAUAUAUAAGGACGGAAGGGCGCUCACCGAUCGUGUUACAGAACUCGCACGCCCCAUUGUGCCUUAGGGUUCUCUUUUGAGCCCGAGUUGCAGCCGCAGAGCGGCGGGUAAUAUAGGCAACUUAGCAUUAUCAACAAAGACAAGGGGACUCCCGGCCUUCAUUUCAAGCCAGAUCCAGCCUCUGUUCUUCCUGACUUUAUUAUGACACCGGCAACGGGCGAGUGGAGGAUGAGAGACUGUGGCAGAUUCAGCAAAAGUUUAUUAUCGUUAUAAAUUAUUUCAUGUGUAAGUCACCGUCCCUGGGCACAAGAUGAACAUCGUCACUCACAACGGUCGGACUGACGGGUUUCCUUAGGACCUACUUUUGCCUGUUCCUGCGAUGGAGCCUGGAUUUGUUCUCUUUUCGCGAAUCAGCUGCGCUUGCCGCAAAGGGCUUGGUACUUUCAAUUGCACAUCUUCUAUCCAGAAACAUUUAAAAAAAUUUGUUUAUUUACUUCACAUGCAUAAUUUGAAAAAAAGAAAUUUGACUCCGACAAUUACCCGCAUGUAGUCCAAAAUCACUGGUAAAUAUGUAUUAUUAGAAGAAAGAUUUUAGUUUCCUUGUACACAUGCCAUGUAUUAGUCAUGUCUGGUAGUAACGUAAUGUUGCAACACAAGUGUCUCCAGGUAGGUCACUUUGCAUCUAAACUGUGUUGAAAAAUCUUUCUGAUUUCCAACACUAUCACCCCACCGGACAUUGAUAUGCUCUGAAAUAUUGCAAAUACUUUAAAUUCUAAAUUGGUUUUGGUAAAAGAGACAUUAAUUUUGAAUUCACCACCAGCUGGUUUCGAGGGAGACGCCGCCUUCUUGAAGUCUGAUGUGGAAUCAAUGCGUCAUCAAAACGACUACGCCGGCAGUAUCCAUCCGCAGCCUUUGGCUGAUGGCGAAGUCGUUUAUGUUUCAAAUGACUCUGUAGUUCAUUCUCAACACGAGAGUCCAAAGGACGACUUCAUCGGAAGUAAAAGUCGGAAUAUAAGAAAUUCGGCUAAGUCUGACGAACUCCCUAAUCGCAAACUGAAGUAAGUGUCAAGUGCAUGGUUUUUUCUUGCCAGAUCCCUUCUUCACUUAAGUGUUUCGACUUCAGUCUUAUACAACUUUUUUGAAAUCAUGUACGAGUAACUUUCUCUCAGCUUAUUGCACUUGACAUAACCGCUCGUCCAUGGUUGUGAAACAUAUUGUUGGAGGUAGUUGGAUACCCAUAGCAUCAUCUGUGCUUAUCAGAUAAGGAAACUCGAAUAAAUGUCUCACAUAUGUUCAAAGCGGCAUUUCUUCAAAAACCGUUUAGUACACAAAAUCUUCCAAAAAUGAAUGACUUCUGGUACUUUUGCGGUUAAACAUGUCAAUCAGGGAGUUUGGCCAACAGGGACCAGUACGUGCAGAGCUUACCAAUGCACAAAAAAACGCACUGAAUGGCCAAGCUGGACGUACGAGUAAAUGGAAAUAAUAUUUCAUUAAGUAAGUUGCCAAACUCCGUCUAUUAAAGUGCAAGUAAAAUUGCAAAGCACUGCGGAAACUAAAAACUUAAUGACUCAUGCAUUCCGGGUCUAUUUACUGACCGUCUAUAGGCAACUGAGAGAAAAUGUACCGAAAAUUUGCAUCUUGCUACUUCUGCAAAGUCUAUCCUUCCCGUAGUCUUAUCCAAAAUUUAAACGGCCACAGAAUCCAAGCAAACAUUUGUACAUAAUUUAUUUGGCAUGCCCCGGAGGGUAAAGGAGCAUUAGCAUGACUGCGGCGGUUGCUGUAUUAGCGGCGAUAAAUUCGACUAUUCUAGGUAAAACGUACAGGAGGAUUUUCGGUCUGUGAAAUUAGUAAAUCUGUUCUACUCCUGUUCACUUCCCCUAUCCCGUUUUUCUUGACGAAUUUCCUCCCAGUACUUCAACAAAUGUUGAUAGCACCACUGGGGAGAAACGGACUGGACGCAGCCGACGAGCAGUCACGUCCGUUAGAGAACACGUCUGGCCAUUAGGAGUAAUACCUUAUGAAAUUGGACCACAAUUUAACGGUGAGUAUUUUGCGCAAAUGGAGGAUAUUACAUAGCAGAUGCCCUGAUGAUGAGAUUAACUGCAAUGUCAAUUGCAGAAAUAAAGCAUCUUUGUUGUAACCAUCAACACAAAUUCGCUCAGUGUAAAAUUAUCAAACUAAGCAGUACCAUAUAAUUUAAUGCUAAACACAGGGAAUUAAGUCCGCUGAAAGACAAUUUAAAGCUCGGCAUAUAUCCACAAGUAGGGGCAGACUGCAUAGGUACACAAAUACAUAUGUAUCCGUGAGUAUGCAUUGAAAGUUCGGCAGCCCAUAAAGAAAAAGUUGGGGAAAAUACGUUCGCUAGAAAUUGCAAAAGAGUUUUUUGGGUUUCAAAUGUCGAUUCGCCAAGCCGGAAUCAGGCAUGCGGUAAACUGGACGAGGGGUUGAACAUUAAAGCCUAUCUGAACAGGCAAUAGUUAUUGCUCAUUCCUGCCUAUAAACCGCCGGCGCUCGGAUUGGCUUGUCGCCUUUCCCACUUCUUAUGUGGGAGUGUUGUGCACCUUGCCUGCUAAGGUGUGCCGAUUAGGCCGCAGGUCAUCGGAAUACACGGCCUUAAAACGGAUCCGGUCCUUACUAGAUAAUCAGGCACCAACACUGCCAGUAUUGUCCCAGGGAGAAUUUUGUCCCGUUUCCAGCGUAACUUGACUAAAAGUUGUCUUUCCUCGUUAAUCUCCAUUGAUUUUUGCUGGCGCAUGUUCGCCUGGGCAUGUUCAACUGCCAGUUUCAUUACAGAGCCGCCACUCAAUAAAGGUCAGAUGGCCCUUGCAAACGUUUUAGAUUUUAUAAAAUAAGCAAUCCUGCACUUAGAAUCAUGCAGUGGCUGUGUGCUUCAAUUGUCUGUUAGUGCGUCACGUGUAUUUGGUUCUCCCGCUUGUGUGGACUGUGUCGCCUGUGCGGUUAACUGCAAUAAACAUCAGGGCAAACGACUACAGUCGUGUUUUGGAGAACACACCAGGACAGUAAGGAGGAUGGACUCCUGGUGGAGCAACACAUCGCGGGCUCUCAGCAAAAGCUCACGGGCCAGAAUAUGGGAACUCUGGUUCUAGGAAAUGGCCGCAUAGCCUGGAAAAUCUUCAAGGCCUGACACACGAAAAUAACCUGCAUCAAGCGUUUCAAGCGAAGCCAAUGUAUAGGUGUGCGCCCAUUCCUGAGUGAAUAUAUACAGAUAAUGUUAGGAGGCGCUCACCGAUCGUUCUUACGGAACUCAUCCGUUCCGUUGUGUCUUAAGUGCUCUCUCUCGACCCGAACCAGCAGCCGCACAGCGGCGCAUGAUAUAUAGGAAGAAUGGUAUUACCGACAAAGACAAGGAAGACUGGAAUGGCCAUUUCUGGCUUAUUAGCCGUCGUCAGCCAGCCAUACCCAAGCCCGAAGUGUGGAACACCCGAGCCUCGAACUCGCCAUCGAAAACCGACAGGGCAACGGGCUUGUGGCCCGGUGAGUAAAGGUGUGGACUUCUAAACCAACAGGUCGCGAGUUCGAGGCUCGGGUGUUCCACACUCUGGGUUUGGGGCUGACUGGCUGACAAUGACUAACAAACCAGAAAUGACCAUCCGAGUCAUAUCGAGUUGGACGCCGCGUACAAAAGUCGCAAGGAGAAAUGGAAGAGACGAGAGCCAAUCGGGAUGGAUUGACGCAAAUAGCGGCCGCUCACGGGCGCAAACGCGAACGAAUAUCGAUGUUUUGUGUGCACUGCCAGAUGUUAAUUGUUGCCGGCACAUUUACUCUCACUCUGCGUCUGACGACGGCCUGGGGAUGAAAUUGAGUCGUUCAACUCGAUUUCUUCCGACGAGACUUCUACCUUCAUCAUAUUAUCUCGAAAAGCAUAUGAAUUGAAUGGUUAAGGUAGUAUGCAUUCGAGAUAAUAACAUGAAGGAAGAACGAAGAAUAAGGUUAAUCCAGAAACGAACGAUCGCCUCAAACGUGUCAACACCAGCCACCCGAUGCAUACUGAGGACAUACCAUCGCUCAAACCUCGUCAAAAAUCCCAGCUCUCGUUGAACUUCAGUUUCUAAAUUGGAGUCCAGCGUCAAAUACUUUGGCGAGAUUCCUCUUGUAGAAAUUGUCAGACGACCGGAUACACAGUCAUUUCCUCGAACUUUAUUUUCGGCAUUCUCGCAUGUGAGCUUUUGUUAAAAACCCGCGAGGUAUUAUCUCACCAGAGAUCAUGAAUCCAUCCUCCUUACUGACCUCGUGCGUUCUACAACACGGCGCUGUAGUAGUUUGCCGUCCCUUUAAUUAAAGAGAAGUUACAUUGCAAGCAUUACAAGCAUUACAUUGCAAGCACUCUGAAAAACACUUGUGGGUGCACCAAUUAAACUCGCGCACAAACAGUUCGCAACAAUUUCGUGCUCAUAUGUGCAUUAUUAUUAGAAGUCUCUAGUAAACAAUGGGCAAUUUUCUUCAGUGUUGUUUUCUGUUUUAUCUUCGGUGCUUGACACCGGUUUCAGUGAUUUCGUGCAACUUGAAUGGUAAAUAAGUGUUUUAUCUUUACUAAGGCUACUCGAGAGCGAUCAUCUUAAGGGCAAUGCGAGUGUGGGAGAGCCUCACGUGUCUCUCUUUCGUCGAACGGGAGCACCAUCACAAAGCCUACAUAAACUUCACAGUUGAGGAUUGUGGGUAAAUAUUUAUGACUAAAUUAAAAAAUGGGUGCGUAGGCAAAAAAUAACAACAGUUCGUGCCUAUGGUUUAAUAUUUAUAAAAAUCUCGGUUUCUUUUAGGCUUCGCAAUGCCGCAAUAUUUAUAUAUAUAGAUGUACAUAUGAAAAAGAGAAGGCUCUUUGGGAUAUCGAGUUGUACUCGUAAAUGUUCAAGUCAGGUGCCACCGACCCGUCGUCCGAUGAAUUGAACAGAGGGGAAAGUGAAACGGGCAGACGAGGUCGGCUGGCGCGACAGGACAGACAACGACAAACGGACAGCUGAGGCGAGAGAGGGGUGGGCACCGAGUUAUGGUAGGCUGUGGGUCAGGAGGAAGGAAAAAAGAACCGUUAGAGCUCCCUGUGUUGGAAGUGGAGAAAAACAUGGGAGAUUGCAGAUGAGUGGGAAUGCGGGCGGCUGAUCACUGAUGCGGGAUGAGGUCAGGGGGCAAUGCGUCCGCGUUGUAGGUGUUAGCGGGGGGGACGUAUAUUAGUUUUUUGUGAAGGUAGACUUGCGCAACGUUUAAUGCACUAUCUGCCCAUUUGCACUUGACCCGACUUCAAAACGUAAUCAAUAAGACCGGAAUAGGAGAAAUACCUAUGACUAAGUCGAAAUUUCUGUCGGUAGAGUUUAUGGUAGCGAACGUUUGCGGAAUUUUGGCAUCGCCUUCCCUAAUGGUGCUAGUACUAGUGUUAAUGAUGUUGUUUAAUGAGAUCCGAAACAGGUUAUCGGUGGUGACAGUACACUUGGUUCACAAACGUCCGAUUAGAUCAAAAAAUGUUUGGAAUUUCUGUUAACAAUGUAAACAUAAUGAGGAUUUGGGGGCUUUCUUCAUUGCUUUACAAGAUUUGACACCUGCACAUAUUUAUCGUUGCCUUGGCAGAAGUUAGUUGAUUGGUUUUGAACGUGACUUAUUCUAUCUUUACGGCAAUUGACAAGGCCUGCUGAUCUUGACCGACAUCCUCCAAGUACUUGGGGUUGAUAGGCGUUGGUUUUGGAAUAGCCUUCGCGUGGUCAUUAUAGAAACGUGUUAGUCUGCCUUGUCUGUGGGUAGCCGUGACUUCGUUUCUGCAGAAUAGCACCUUGGAAAGUCCUCAUUGUCUAGCCUCACGAUGUGGCAGCUGCAUCAAACUUGUGCUUGCCUCAGCAUGUCGCGAAUACUGAAUCGGACAUUCCAUCCAGGAUCCCGGUGUCGGAACUGAUUUCCUAAUAUCUUAAUCUGAAUUUGUUUAUAAAGCAGAACUAAAAAUCAUUAAGCAUACUUGCCUGACGCUUAAAUUAAUUCCCUCCUACACUCUCUACAUCCUAAGUCCCGUGUUAAAAAAGGCGCACCGACGGUUUCGGGCAAAUCGCUGAACCCAAAAUAACAUCACGUUGGCUGUCGAGUUCCGAUUCGCCAUUUUACCUUAAUAUUUUACGAAAUGCGACUUCCAAGAUGAACAUGUGUAUACUGAAUAGAGAUGAAUAUCGCUGGCAUUGAUAGGAUAUUUGAUGUAGUUAUCAUGUGGCGCCGACUAAAGAAUGACCAAAGUUUUCUGCGUGCAGAAGACAUUUGGAGCAGCCAUUUGCGAGGCGGUUUAAAUUGAGCUGUAUGACGUCAUUCGUUGCGGAAUGUAGCGCAAAUUUAUCAUCAGAAGUAGGGCCUAUAUUGCAUUUUUGCAGCCGCAUUAAUGCGACUCACGCUGAACAGUUUACGUCCGUACGAUUCUCCACGUCAAUCUGUUGCACUUCCAAGGCUAGGCUAUUAUCAGCACGGCAAAUAAAACAAAAUGAAAUAAGGCGAAUAUGACUACCCAUCCCAAUUUUGCCUUGGUUGUUACCGCGAGCGUUUUAGAGAGUGCCUGCUUGUAAUGCAAGUUUGGCAUAGAUUUAAGCAUAGCGCUUUACAAUUACGCAAAUCAAGCAUAUAGGCUUAUGGUUUGUUCCUCCGGACUACUGUUAAUUCUAUGAGAUUCACGUCCCCCGGGAUAAAAUGAAAACCAGUUGACUGACUGGGGAUGAAUUACAAAAACAUAUAUUUGCCAAUUGACUCUUUGAUUGUAAUAUGAUAAUUUUCUCAGAACUAAUUUAGUUUAGUUUGCACCCGAAAAUCCCAAUAAAGCAAUUACCGUCCGUAUGUUUUUGUCCGGAUACAACAAUGGUCUUUAAAUACCAUAAGUGAACGAAAGGUAGUAAAAAUUAUUUUAUAUCAAUGAUGUUGAUGGUUCAAAUUUAACGCGUGGAUUAAAUGACAGAUCUCAUUUAAUAAUUUUUUUCAUUCUUGCGGUCAUGUUCAUUCCCAAGCAGCAAACCAUUUACUUGUAAUAUCUGCUUAAUAAGAUUCUGGCUGGCGUAAACAUUACAAAAUGAUUGUCCAUAAGGUGGACUUUAAAAAUAGUUUUCCAGGAAUUAUGGGAAGCGAUACUGAAUAUUUGAUCAUUAAGUUUCAAAGGAUGAAAUAUUUGCAAAACUGCAUUCAUCAUAAAUGAAACAUCAGAAAAAGAACAAAUGUUGGCGAUGACUAUUGGUUGUUGAAAGGAAUGAAAAUCUGUCUUAACAGUAAACUACUAGCGCUUCUUUCCAAUUAAAACUAGAUGCUGCUCGUUCGUGGGCCGCCAAAACGAGAACAGUCCACAAACCAUAUCUAUUUCAAAAAAAUGCGAAAGUGAGGGGACAGUCAUGCACGAACUUGGACAUGUGCUUGGGUUCUGGCAUGAGCAGAGUCGACCAGACCGCGAUUGUAAGUACUUGAAAUAUAUGAGUAUUGCACUUGUUAAGUUUUAUUGCUCACUAUUAGUACCAAUAGCAUGUCAUAUGUUAUUCAUUUUUUGGCUUUAUUUUAUGAUCGUCUAGUUCAGCUAUUACUAUAUGCAAGCGAGACGUCCAUUUUCAAAAUAGCCGUCCUUCUUUUGACUCUUAAUGUACUAACUUACAUAAACGAGGUCUGCAUGUCUAGGAGAAAUGUAUGCCAAGUAGUUAUCUUGCAGUUAUUACAUCAGCGGGCACUGGCGAAACUUAGUUGUAAAACUAAGGAUGCGUGGCGCACCUAAUUUGAAUUUCCUCACCGUAUACAGGCCGCCCAAUAAAACUGAUGAGGUUGACGAGGCGCUGUUUGGGAUAAUUAAAGAGGUAUCACAAAACAAAGAGGUACUGAUAACCGGAGCUUUCAACGCACCCAUGGUCGAAUGGAACAAUUUGUUAGUAAAUGGCUCGCGAAAUUCCUUCGAUUCCAGGCUCCUGAAGCUAACGGCUAAUUUCUUUGUGGUACAAAACGUCGCGUUCCCAACCAGGAUCAGAGAGGACCAAAGAGCGAAAAGUCUGGACCUCGUCCUUACUAAAGACCCGAUUAGCCCUGGCGAACUUAGGUCCAUAACACCGCUCGGUAAGGAUGACCAUGUAAUGCUGUUUUGGGAAUAGCGCCUAUGCAGCCAACAAGGGAAUACGACUGAGCCUAGACUGAAUUUCUCGCGAGGAGAUUUUGCCGCCAUGAGAAGAGAAUUAUCGGCAAUGGGCUGAGAUAACUUUCUUUCCGGACAACCAAAAAAUGGUUGAAACACUCUCAAAGGAGUUGUAACAAACAUCAUACAUCGAAACAGUCCGACAAAGAGAGUCAAAAUGAAUAAUCGUCCUGCCUGGAUAACGCGGGAUAUAAAGAAAGAAGUAUACCGGAAGAACAAACUAUGGUGAAGGUAUGCAACAAAAAAACAACCAUCCCAUUACGAGUAAUUUUGUCGAAAGCUAAACGAGGUAAGGUGGGCUAUCCGCAGGUCUCGGAAGGAGUAUGAAAUGUGAGUUAUGGAAUGGGCCGUCGAUAAGCCAAAAGUUCUCUUUAGCUAUAUAAACAGUAGGUUAAAGAACAAGGAGACGGUCGCAGUGUUUAAAGGAGAAAACAAUGAGGAUAUCAUCGAAAAUGACGCUAAGGCAGAACAUCUAAGUCGGUUUUUCGUAUCGGUUUUCCCCGAUGACAACCGACGAAAUAAUAGAAAACAUCGAUUUCACGGAAGAAGAUGUGAGGAAGGAACUUCUAGCGCUUAAGGAGGGCAAGUCUCCGGGCCCAGACCAAAUUCCGGCAAAAGUGCUGAAGGAGUUGGCUUGCGAACUCGCCAAACCGCUUUGGCACAUCUUUAGGUCGUCCUUUGACCGAGGCAUUCUACUCUCUGAUUGGAAAGUGGCGAACAUAUACACCAUUCACAAGGGUGGAUCUAGAACAAAUACAAACAAUUAUCGGCCGGUAAGCCUAACGUGCAUUUGUUGCAAAGUCAUGGAGAGAACAGUCAAAAAAUCCAUCAUGAAUUUCCUUGAAGAAAAUAAUUUCAUUGCCGCUCCCCAACAUGGCUUUCGACGAAAUCACUCCUGCCUAACUAAUAUGGUUCAUUCAACGGAACAGUGGUCGCGCUCGUUAGACGAAGGAACAAGGGUCGAUAUCGUUGACAUCGAUUACAGGAAAGCCUUUGAUAGUGUUUCGCACCACUGGUUGCUUUACAAGGUCCGAGAGUCAGGGAUAAGGGGAAGUCUAUUAAACUGGGUAAAGGACUUUCUGACUUGUCGAUCACAGUCUGUGUGCAUUGGUAGUGCGAAGUCAAUGCCAGUGCCAGUAGUGAGUGGAAUUCCACAGGGCUCUUUACUCGGACCAGUCCUAUUUUUAAUUUAUGUCAACGACUGUAUGAGUGGACUGGACUGCAGCGGAGUCAUGUUUGCCGAUGACAUCAAGUUAUGGCGAGCGAUCAACGGCGAACAUGAGAACGAGCCCUGCAAGAAGGACUGAACCGCCUAUGCGAAUGGUCUGGCAAAUGGCUGCUAAAGUUUAACCCAGAGAAGUGCGUCGCGCUGCGACUCAAAACGACUGGAACAUCUGACGGAGAGGAUCACCAUUAACAAGUUGGUGGAAGGUGCCUUUCAAAUAUAACCGAGCAAAAAAGAUCUUGGGAUCAACAUUUUGUCGAGCCUUAAGCAUUCCUCUCAGUGCGUUAGGGCGUCCAAAAGGGCAACUAGUGUUCUCUUUGCCAUUAAACGAACUUUCGUGGACAUAGACAAAGAGUUAUUUGGAAAAGUGUACGGAGCCUACAAUCGUUCGCAUCUGGAAUAUGGAAUCCAAGCGUGGCGCCCGUGGCUAAGAAAAGACUAUAACUUGCUACAAAGAGUUCAGAGGAGAACAAACAAAGUUGUAAAAGGCCUCAGGACUUUACCUUACAACUUCCGACCAUGGGAACGUAAACGUUUUCCUCUUGAGUACAGGCAGAUUCGAGGAGAUCUCAGACAGGCCUUUCGGAUUUUGAGGAACCGGGAAUGUGCCCUAAGCCCGGACGAUUUCUCCACCCUGGCCUCAACAACAAACCUGCGUGUGAACUCUCUUCAACAAAGAGGAUCCCGAUGCCGCCUGGACGGUCGCAACAACUGUUUUUCACUGCGAUUCGUCGGAGUCUGGAACGGGCUUCCCGAGGAUGUAAUAAUGGCGGAUACCACGUAGACGUUCAAGCAAAGACUCGAUGCAUAUUUGCUUGGACACUAACGCUUGUAUAAACAGAACAGCUCUGUGGUGCCAAACCAGCACCUUGCAUACACGUACACAUAUGGAUGACUGUCAUUCCAUUUUACUGAAACCAUCUACAACUAAACUUUCUCAAGUUUUGGUUCCACAUUUUCGAGGAAAUAUUCAGUUAAGUGUAUAUAUUACUGACAACAUUGCAGUACCAUGUUUAGUUAAAGUUAGAUAUUGCAUGUACAGUUGACAAUAGGGUUUUCAAAGGCUUUGCCUAUUACUCUUAACAUAUACUGACCUACUGACCUAACUUCAAAUAUCAUUUUUACAGUAAUUGCCAAACUUUGCGUCUUGAUUUUCUCUGUCUUUCCGCUCAUUAACAGCCUACGUGGAUAUAUUUACCGACGAUAUCGAAUCUGAAAACCUAUACAACUUUGAUAAAAAGAGUCCAAACGAAGUCGAUUCUCUUGGAGAAACCUAUGAUUACGAAUCGAUUAUGCACUACCACAGUGCUGCCUUUGCCAAAGUUAAUGUCACGGAGACGAUAAGACCUACGAAAUGCUGUCCACGUCCAGAAAUCGGUCAGCGAAUAAAGCCGAGUGCGGGUGACGUAAGACAGAUGAACAAACUCUAUAAUUGUCCUUGUAAGUUGCAUAAUGUUCUUCGAAGUUAUUACAGCCCCUUGCCAAGAAACUCGCUGUUAUUUUCCUAAAGUUUGCUCGUCAGAAAAUUGUCGCUUCCUGUUUCUGAGGCUCACUUUCUCUCUCUCUCUCUGCAGGUAGUAUUUAAACAGUACUUUGUACACUGAAUUUUAAUAUCUGAAUCAGUGUAUAUCAAAAUGCUUAAAGAAGCUCCGCAGCCCAUUAAACACGGACCAAAAGUGUUGCUGAAAAUUAAGAACAAGAUCAACUAUUAACGUUAACUUAGCUGAACGCGAAUGACUAAAUUGUUUUAAUGAUCAUCAUGUCUCAUAUUUACCAUGAAUAUGUUAUAAUUAUUUGUUUUCACAGUUAUGCUAUUUGGUGUGGCUGACUCGUCCAUGCUUAAUGAAUUCCACUUUCUUGCUGCACCUUAGUAAAUAACAAAAAUUCCAUGAAACUAGAGGAAUUUGCAAUUUGGAAAUCAUGAACUCGGUAGCAGGUUCUGAAAUGUCUCCACAGAAAGCCAAUUUCUAAAUUACAGUCUUCAUGUGCUACGUGACAACUAGUAAAUUGUGACAGUAUUUACAACUAGCUGUGGUAUGUACAUUUAUGACCGACCUUUUGAAUGUUUUACCUAGGGUGUGAAAGGCUACUUCACUAGAAGGAAAACUUAGGCGGUGAUUUAAUAUUGAUUAUUUUGCAGCAUAACAUCAUAGUAUUGAGGUCGCGUAAGGAUGUUGGGUUUAUAUAUACUCCUUUUCGGCCACUUUCAAUGACUGCUUCUAUAAUGUGCACUUUUAUUUCAAUUUUCGGUGCCCGAACCAAAUCACCUGCAUAAAAAUAUUCAUUUUUGUAAAUUUUUGUUGGCCAGCCACCUUUUUUAAAUUCAAUAUUAUGAGAAAGGGUAUCUUUCGGCUUUAAAGAUGUUUUAUCGAUCCUACCAUAAUUUUGAGCUCGAUCUGCAGUCGCAUUUGCGCUUAGGGUUUUCAGUCUAUUACCUGUAGACAUUCCUUGCAGGUAAGAAAACAUUCAAAUAAUUAAGUAGAUAGCAUUUUGACCUCAUAAAAUUGUUCCAACGGAUGAGGACCAUGGUAAAUAACUCAUAAGCAGCAUUAUUCAGAUCAGAUCAGAUUUAUUAAGGGAAAGGUAGGCGAGCGCCUUUGAACUCCCUUUUGGUUACAAUAACGUCAUAAAAAAACAAUGUGUAAAGCAAGUGUAAAAAAAUUAGGUAAGUAAUUACAUACAACAAUCAUUGGUCACUGGUAUGAAUUUGUCUGUGAAUGCCUUCUAUGUCAAUAUUGUACAAUAUCCAGUACGGUACCGAAUGGACAAGUAAUAUCAAAGCAAGCGCAUAUGUGGCGUUCAGGAGAUAACAAAAAUUGUAAAACAUAAUGUUACUAAAAUAUAGGGAGUAGCAUGCUUUGUAACAUAAAACGUUGGAUGGGGCAGGUGGUACAGGGGGGAAAUUUGUUAGUUUCUGAUGCUUUGGAGGCACAUUUCCCUGUACUGGUCAAGCUUUCUCUUAAAUGAGUCCACGGAUGAGGACAUGACGACGUCCACAGGCAGGGCGUUCCAUGCCUUUACCACUCUGUGGCUGAAGAAGGACCUCCUUGCGUCCAGUCUCGCUCCUGUCACACGUAGUUUCAGAGGGUGUCCUCUCAAGCUAGUAGUGGUGGCUAGCACAACGAGGUCGCCUGAUGCGAGGCAGCAGUCCUGACCCCGUAACAUUCUAAACGUUUGAAUUAAUUCGCCACGGAGUUGUCUGUAGUCCAGGGGGAAGAGGUUAGUAUUUGACAGUCUGGUUUCGUAAGGAAGGUUUUUAUGACCUGUGACAAGCUUGGUUGCCCGUCGUUGGACUUUUUCGAGGGCGGUACGAUCCUUAACUGUCCAGGGUCUCCCGGCCUGAAUGGCAAAUUAUAACUGUGGGCGAACAAACAUCCCGAAGACCUUGUGAAAGCACUCUUCGUCUAACUUGGCAAAUGCCCGCAUAAUGAGAUGUAAGCUGGACAUUGCGGAUUUCGCUGCUUUCAAGCAGUGGAAUGAUGGCUUUACUGAAGAUGUUAUCCACACCUUUAGGUAUUUCUAAACCUCUACCAGUGGCAGCGGUAUGUGAUUUAGAAAGUGCGUCUGCCGGGGCGCAGAGCUGGUUCUACCGAUCCUCAGAAUGUUGCAUUUGGUAACAUUAAAUCGGAGGAGCCAGUGGCGUGACCAUUGUUCGAGUCGGUCUAGGUUUGCCUGUAAAUUUGCUUCAUCGUCCUUGUUGCGGAUGACGGUCCAAAGCUUUAUAUCGUCAGCAAACAUGGCAAAUUCGCAGUCCAAACCAUGGGUACAGUGAUUUAUAGAGAUGAGGAAGAGGAUAGAGCCAAGAACGGAGCCCUGAGGUACUCCGCUCGUAACCGUCACCUCUGCCGAUUGCUGGCCACCAAGACGAACAGUCUGGGACCGACCGACCAAAAAGUUUUCCAUCCACUUCAAAAGCUCGCCUCUCACCCCUAUGCGGCUGAGCUUGUAUAGGAGACGUUGGUGUGGCACGCUGUCAAAAGCCUUCUUGAAGUCUAUGUAGGCCACAUGCACAACGUUUCCUUCAUCAAUCGCUCGGGUCCACUGUUCAAGACAGUAGAGUAGAUUAGUCAAGCAGGACCUCCCUCUGCGGAAACCACGCUGUGCAUCGCACAGAAGAUGGAUUUGGUCUUUAAAACCGCAUCAGUUCGCGUUUGAUAAUUUGCUCCAUAAGUUUGCAGCAUAUGGAGGUGAGGCUUACUGGUCGGUAGGUGUUUAAGGAAGCGCGACUGCCAUUUUUAUGAAUCGGUGAAAUCCACGCAGUCUUCCACUCAGGAGGCAGUCUGUCUGCAUCAAGAGAGGCUUGGAAGAGGAGACUCAGAGGUUCUGCCAAUUAUGUGGCUAAUUUCUUCAACAACUUUGCCGGUAUUUCGCCAGGACCGGGCGAUGUCCCUUCUUUUAGCUUCAGUAAUUCCUGUUGAACAAUAGGUUUUGUGAGAACCACUGAGUCAAUUGUCGGGACAUUGUCCACGUUACAAUGAUCAAUGGGUGCAGCGACUUCUGUCGUAAAAACCGACUAAAAGAACGUGGACAGAUGCUCAGCCUUUUCGUCGUCCUUGUAAAGUUCAACGCCAUCAUCAGUUUUUAACAUAGGGAUGAGAUCCCUGUUGCGAGUACUUUGUCUUAUAUAGUUGACAAAAAGCUUUGGGUUUUCUCCUGCACAGUUUAAAAGGUUACCCUCGAAGUGUUGGCGGGCUUUGUAAACAAGGCACUUAACCCUAUUCCGCUGAGCCUUGUACCUAUUUCUUGAUUCACUUGUCUUGUCCCUAAUAUAUGCCUUCCAAAGCUUUUGCUUAUGGUUUACUUCAACUUUCAGUGAACCCUUUAGCCAUCGGGUUCUGCUGGUGAUUUUCUUUUUCGACAUAGGGCAGUAUCUGGUGAUAAGUUCAUUCAGUACGGCCUUAAGUUCUAACCAGUCCUUGAGGACACACCCCGUUAAUGCUGCUUUCCGGUCUCUACGACGCAUGUCGAGACGCAUUUGGCUGAAGUCAACACGCCAUAUGUUGCGUCUGAUCACGAUGCUUUGAUCGGGUACAGAAAAGAGAGAAUACUCCCACUUUUGGACUACAUGGUCGCUUUUUCCGAGAAGGGGUAGACAGUUUGCAACAUCAACGAUUUCCGGUGCCUUUGUCAAUACAAGGUCUAAGCAGUAAGCUAGUUGUCCUGCACGUAGUCUGGUUGGGGAUAAGACGUGUUGUGUGAGAUGCGAUCUUUGCAGAGAUUUUAGGAGGCGGCGAUCAAAGUUAAAUUCUGAGCCCGGGGCAGAAGUCAGAUUUCAGUCGAUAUUCGGAGCAUUAAAGUCGCCCAUAAUCAUGACAUUGGGUUGGAUCGAAAUUGCCUCUAAUUCCUCUAGUAGACUACUUUCUGAAUGCGGGUCGUUCCUCGGUGGGCGGUAGACCGUCAGAAUCUCAAGAGGUUGUGACCCCGGCGUUUUGACGGUGAGCUAAAUUGUUUCAGUUGUGCGCGCGAGCUGUCCCUCUUUUUCUGACGCAAAAAGUCCAUAUUUGACAUACGUGAGCACACCUCCACCUUGACGUCCCUACCUGUCCUUUCUGAACAAGUGAUAACCAGAUAAAGCGAUUUCGCGAUCGUCUACGCUCGCGGACAGCCACGUUUCAGUUAUGGAUAUUACAUCGGGUAAGGUUUGGUUACCGUAGAUCUUACGCUCAUCUAAUUUAGAUAGAAGACUUUGCGCAUUGGAAUAUAAGCAUUUUAGCUUUUUUUGCCUUUGGUAAGCCGGCUAUGACGCCGCCUUUGCCAAUUGCAUCGGCUUUGGCGACAUCCGCACGGGCCGUGUCCAUAUGAACCGGGACGGUCGCUCGAUUAUGCAGUUGUUGUAGAUAACCAGGCUUUGUUCGCCAUUCAUUUGUCGCAGCCUUAGCUCCUGAACUAACUGUCGGCGUUUUAUCCGCUCCGGUGGUGUGUAAUCCGGCUGAAAAAAACUCCUUGGUGGGAAUAUUUUAACCUAAACCGUCUUGAGAGGAUGAGAUCAACAUGCUCUUUGCAACUCCGAACAAUUUUAAGGGGCCUAGGAUGCGGUGGAAUAGCGGGUUCAGUAGAGCGCUUUCCGAGUCUGAAGGUUUUCAACAUGGAAAUUUCUUCGUUGGGUUGAAGCAUUGUGUUUAGAAGACCUUGGAACAAGCCGAGAUCAGCUAAUACGCGUCCUUUAGGAGUGUCUGCGUGAGGCUCCUGAAGUCCCUGUAUUACUAGGCACUGUUCUCGGAGCGGCCGGUCUUGGUUGCGUGAUGUUGGUGACUUGGGAGUUCCUGGCGAACCAUUCAUGACGAUAUUCUGGUUGCCAUCCACUCCCGGGAUCUUUUCUGCAACCAAUGGCAUCGUGUUUGUGGCAAUACUGCUCCUGUCUUUUAUGUCAAUAACGAGGAUAUUCGCAUUUGCCGCGUCUGUGUCUACGCCGGCGCUGGAGGUUUCUGUCGAUUGCUCAGACGAGCUCUGUUUUUCCACCCUAGGAAGUUCCUUUCUUCGAGUACUCCGAAGUCGUCCGAUUUCCGUCUCUCCCUUUUCAGUCAUCAGUCCCUUUUGAUUUAACUACUUCUUUUGAUAUGACCUCAGUUGCAUGUGAACGGUCUGAGUCUUAUUAUUAAUUCCUUGCUUCUCCUCGGUCACAUUGCGGGAGGCGGUGAUCGUCUGCUUUCUGCUCUUUUGGGCGGAUUAAUAUCAUGCCUUGUCAUAUUCACCGCGAUUUCCUCUGAGGUUUCCCUCCAUGCGGUCUUUUCUAUGUCGACUCCCUUCACCUUCUUCGGUGGUGGAGAUCGGACAGCUUCUACUCUGCCAGUGAGCUGGUCACUGUUCUUCAGCUGGGUAGUUAUCAAUGAUGAGUGUGUACUGCCAUUAUCACUUCGCAACUUAGUUUGCGAUUUUUGAGUGUCGUUUAUCAUCGCUCAUGGUGAGGUGAGGCUGUAUGUUCAUGUUCUCGUUUACUUCUCCUCUUAGCCCUCUGUUUAUUUCUGCAGCCAGCGAUCUCCUGAAGCGGUUAUCCCUCUACUAGUGGGUCGCUGUUAGUCAACUCUGUCAGUUUCGAAACCAUCUGUUGGCUGCUGCUGAAUUCAUAAAUUGACCUGAAUUUAUCAUAAUUUAGUAACAAUGUAAUGAGAUCUAUAAGGAGGUUCAUGUUUGUCUCCAACGACGUAAUGUUUAACGCGAGAUCUCGAAAAUAUUUACACCGCGUACCACAAUUUGAAGGUUCGGCAUCUGGUAGAAAAUCUUGUGUAGUCGUAGCGAAUUUGCCGGGAUAAUUUGCGUUGCGGGCCACCUCCGUCCUGUUUGAAAUCACUUCUGGCGUACUGCAUUCGUUAGAUCCUCCCUGCCCCACGUGAAUCGACGCUGGUCCGCAUGGAGUUGCUGGUGCACUAUGUUCAUGGUCAAAUCCGACACAUUUCUCCACCAUGGGGUUAAUGCAAUUAAUAUUCUCUGUAGCCACCCAUCGGUGCCGAUGGCCGAGGGGUCUAGGCGUUAGCCUCGUGAGGGGAGAGUCGGAGGACCGACUCCCGGUCUCCACCCCUUUUAUUCAUCCCGCGGGACUGAUGGAUCGUACACUUCUACAUUUUCCAUGUCUUUUUGCGCCAAAUUCAAGGAUACAGCAACGGCCAAGAGGUUGGCAGCAGGAGACAGACACAAUCAAAAGACGGCCUAAGGCUUUCAGAUGUCAGGGAAGCUUUAGGCAACGGCAAUGUAAGCGAAUGCUUCAAGACUUCAGACAACAGAAACCUAGUCGAAUUUAACGGUACUACAGUUAAGAGAAAUUUAAGCGAAUGCUUUGAAGCAAAGGUACAGCUAAUGUCUAAGUUUUGAAGUGAGACUCAGCCUUUGUAGAAGUUGUUCUAAGCGUUUCGUUUGCUGGAAGAUUGGUCUUUUCAGCCUCGCAUGCAGAAAUGGUAGUGCCGAAGUCCACGUUCUGCGGAGGUGGUGUUGCAAAUUGAUGACGAUGCGAAUAUUGCUGUCUGUUAUUCAGUUUUCUAAAAUCCGGUUGACUGCAGGAGCAUCCAGAGUGCAGAAAUCUCGAAGAAUAUUAACCCCUCGGAGGACGAAAAUUUGAAACCGAAUUCGAAACGCGCGCGAAAAUAUCAUGCUUAUUAAAUGCACACUACGCAGCCUCAAAACCUCUUAUAAUUGAAAAUGUUCUUAAAACCGAAAUAAACCCAACCAUCGACUGUAAAGUUAAAUGACUGUAAAUGGUUUCAUGCAUGUUUAACUAGCGAGAAUAAUUCAAUUACUAUUUCCGUCGCAAAAACCGCUAUAAAGUGGCACAUUCCACAGAAUCCUCCGCAGAUUAAGUUAGUAGGCCACUCCAGCAUUUCUGUUCUAAAUGAACAUUCUUGUGAAUAAAGAACAUUUUCAUCCCACCAUUACCAUAAUCGUUUUAUAUUGAGUUGUUCAGCGUUUUCAAUGUAGUCCCUGGUCCCAAUUACGAAUGUGCACCUUCAUAUCGCUCAGCCAAACAGACUCGAAUGAUUAUCCUAAUUAUUGUUUUAGCAUGCGGGCAGACGUUUGUGGCGUUCGCCGGUAAUAUUUCGUCCCCAGAAACAACCUUUUUCAAUCCAAAUCAGGCCAACAUCGACGAACAGGGUAAGCCGGCAGGAAGCGCCCGUUUUUUCAGAAGCCCAACUGGGCGACCCAGCCUCAAGCCCAAAACCACCGAUCGUCUCUACUGCCGGUGGAGAAUUUUAGGAGACAGUGGGGAACGUAUCUUUCUUUUUAUCACGCAUAUGAACAUGCUUCCUCCCGAAAAUAGCCCGCAAAAUGAUACACAAAUGCCAUACAAUACUCAUGCCUGCAACAAGGAGUAUCUCGAAGUCAGGGAUGGAUAUUAUUCUGGAUCACGUCUUAUUGGUAAUUUGGAAUAGUCUAUUUUAUCGCUUACUCUUUAUAUCUUAAGCUGUUCUGCGCAUGUUUAUGCUUUGUUCCGAAGUUGCAUAGUAUCGGCACUUUGUUAAUUGGAGGCAACGAUUAAGCCAGUUAGUUACUUGAAUGUCUGUUUGGUGUUUCACUUUAGGCCGCAUACCGACCUUAAUUUGACCGCACAUAAUACAGACUUGCAUUAGGGGAAAUUCACGAACGUAUGCACUGUGCAGCCCCGGAGCUAGGCAGUCGUGCUGCUACGAAAAUUUUCGUCAUGCUCAGUUCAUUCCAUUUUAUAUGAGGGAAACGUAGCCGUCGGACCUGUGAAGCCCUUAAUUUUUAUAAGGAAGCGAAUUAUAACAAAAUUUUCAAACUGGAAACCUCAAACAACUACAUAUUUUCUUUCAAAACAUAACUGAUAAGCGCAUUGCUCCAAGUGUUUAAAAAACAGUAGCAUUUGCCAAAUGCGCUUUACAGUAGUCAUUGUAGCCAUAAUUGUGCCGUAUGAUAUUGGUAUAAUUUUACUUAUCUGUUGGAUAAGAAGUGAUUGCCAGCAUUUCAGGCAAUAGUCGAAUGAAAACAAACGUUACUAAAAUGCGGAAAGUAAAACUGAUAUUUGAUAUUUCUAACGGGCUACAUAAUCUUAAAUAAAUGAAUUCGACACAUAUGGCUAGACUUUAAAAUAGACCUUAUUCUUCCCGCUGCUGUGAGCCCAGUGGCCCCCUGAAGGUUUGCCUUAACUUCUAUUUAACGUAUAUCAUUAUUAGAGGAUGAUAAUGACGCAUUUGGUUACUCUGAUUAUUAAAGUUUGAGACACAUGUCCCGCGACCAACGUAUUGCCCACAAAAAUAAUUCCAACAGGCCUGUUUAGAUAUCUGUGUUUUUAUUUGAUUUGAACUGAGUUCACGGCAUUCGGCUUUAAAGGUAUCUCUUCAAUGAAACUUAAAUUCAUUUUGACAACCAAGGGUAAGAGACGGAUGGAUUCCCCCCAGAUAAACAUAUUUAGAAGAAGGUCUUGGUUACUUUAACAAUGGUCCGUCUAUUUGGCAUUACGUAACUGUUUAUACGAGCUGUUUUCUCCAGUAGAGUGUACACGCUUCCGAGUUAAUAAGAAGCACACACUGGGUGGGCUAUCUCAUAAGAUGUCAAUUGAAAUUCUAAAAUGGUUUUCGUUUCCAAAACAUUAAGUAGGUAGGGUUAAAAAACAGAUCAUUAUGCUGCAUAGUUUUGUACUAAUUCAGUCACAACAUAAUGCCGGCUUUUUAACGAACGUCUUUUCGGCUGCAAACAAAACUGCACUCUGUAAAAAAUGACCACUUAGGUAGCAUAAGGUUUUCUCAUGGAUUUUCGAUGCCCUUAAAAUUUCAAUCAUAUUUCAUAGAACAACACGCGUGAAAAUAUUUAUUUGCCUGCUCAUUCGACAGAAAGUGACGUCUUCUUCAAACGGUAUAAUUCGGUUUAACGAGAGUUUCAAAUUGUGAGAUUAUUUAUACUGUGAAACGGCCGUUCAUAUAACGUCAUGCUCGGCUUUUACCAAUUUGGCGUAUAAGGUCAACAAUAUGGUUCAAAUUCGCUGCUAAAGUUUAUAAAUUCCAUAUAGUCUACUGUUGAUGUCGUAGAAUAAUGUGCGGUUUACCAUAGGCGGAAGAUGUACGAUUGAUAGUUUGGAAAACAUGAUUGCAAGAGUGACGGAAUUAUUAGAUAAUUGUGGUACGUGACGAGCUGUUUUACAGUCCUACUAAAUUGAUCUUUUCGAAAAGGAAACACACGUCGGAAGUUCGGUCGGCAUUCCAUGAGUUAGCUCAACUAUUGUACUUCUGAAACAAUCACCAGUAAAUUGUCUAUCUUCCCAAACUGUAUGUGGACUGCUUAACAAAAUAACGUCGAACCAGGUGUCUAGGUCAAUUAUAUGUUGCAUUUGUAUGGCUAGUUGGAAAUCAAACUAUUUUGGGGCUAUUAAAAUGACGUUUACUUGCGUGCUGCAAACAAAAUUUGCCAUAGUGAGUUUGUCCUCUCCUCCAUCUUUCAGGUCGAUACUGCGGAACAGAUCUGCCACCAACACUGGUAACUCAGAGCCCAAGAAUGCUGAUUGAGUACAUAAGGCCCGCAGGUCAUUCUGGUUCUGGCUUUGCCGCCAACUACCGAAGUAAGCACAUUGAAUAAAUUAAUCUGCUUGUGAACAGUGAUAUAAAAUGUUCGACAUGAAGCAGAAAACAGCCGACAAAUAGAGCUGAGUAGGAUGUUUUAUUGGAAAUAUUAGGGAAAUUGAGGUUUAUAAUUGAUUAUGAUAUCAAAACGGACGCAUGCGGUACAGACGGAACUGCCUCACCAAAGCAACAUCUAUCAACCGAAUUGAUUCACACUCCUUAAAACUAAGUGCGGAGGUCGAAUAAUAUUAGAUCAAUUUGAACAACACACGAUAAUUUGUCGCAUUUUAUGAUAGAGGCAAGAAGCUAGUGAAAGUUAAUUUAUUCUGUACACGGAGCAGGUUUCCGUGAGCUAACAGUGCUUGUAAAUCAGAAGAAGACGUCCUGCGGAAGCGCCUGAGUGCGAAAAUGCCGUGUCUGCAUGAUUUGCCAUUCACUCACCGUUAAAAGCGGUUUAAUAAUUGAUUUGUCAUCAACCGAUUGGCGUGAAGCUAAAUGCAAAUAAGCACAAUUUGCUGGUUGACAACUGAGUUGACACAUUUGCGAAUGACUCGGCAGUUUAAGUGGAUUUUGAGCCUAGGAAAACCUGUAACGUCAGUGCUCUCAGCGAUUGGGCGUUGUGACUCCGAAUGGAAUCCCUGCGUAUAGUUGAAUGUAUGCCGCCGAAGUCACCUAUUUUUUGUCCGAUUUGUGUCAAAAAUUAUACAAAUUGACAAAGCGCAUUAAUAAUGAAAAACACAUGUAUUUAAUUGUCGAAAAAAUUGAAACUUAAGGGUGGAAAUUAUGUUAACGCGAGUUUUACUUUUAGUUCAUGGUCCUCUCGAUACUGAAAACUGCUUUUCGGUAGACGACCACGAAUACUACUGUGAGAUUUGGGAAUAAGCAAAAGCUAACGCCAGUUAAAAAAUAUCAUCGCGCCGAUGAAGCUCCAAUCCUCACGAUUUUCAGUUCGACAACAAGUGAAAAAAAAUGUGGAAGUAAGAUUUGGGAAUACAAUGUAAAUCAAAACAAUCAUGUGAUAACGACGAUUACUGCUCUAAGGACUAAAGUAUCUUCGUUUUGGCAUAAAUCGAACAUACUUCCUCCACUUUGAAAUACAAUCAGUGUCCGAUCUCACGAACAGUUAGUUGAAGUAAUGAAAUGUUUUUUAAAUAAGGGAAGAUCGCGUAGGUGGAGUUAUAAUCUAACUUUUGUCUUAAGCAGCAUAACAUUAAGAUCUAUCAGUUGCGUCAGGUUACGGACCUAUGAAAUAACUUUCGUCAUGCCGAUCGCUAAAACCGCACAUAAUAAAAAAGUGAUUACCUAUCUGGAAUACACUUUUUCUAUUGAUUUUCUUUGCUGUCAAAACUUUAUGUGUAUGUUGAAAACAAUAUGCUCAAAAUGAUUUUCCUGGUAGUCAUUUGGUUGCACCACCAACGACGAGAUAGUACUUGAGCGGGCUGCAUGGAGUUCCUCGUGAACCAGCCUGUACAAACCUCUCCGUCAAUGUUCGCUGUCUUUAGAGAAUGCUAGCAUAAGAUGAAGGGAGCACUAAAAAUGGACUUAGAGUAGAUGGGCUAACUAAUAAAAUGUCAACUGAAAUUCCGAAAACCGUUUUUUUUUUUCGAGAAGAGGAAUUAAGCAGGGUUGUAAGGCCGGUCAUUUUACAGCACACUUUUAUCACAAAUCAGCCACCUCAGGUAGCUCAAAAAGUCAAUUAUACUUCAUGGAAAGCCUGCAUAAAAAUAUCCAUUUGUUUGUUCAUUCGGUAUAAAAUUGUGUUCUUCUCUAUUUUUAUACCCGAAGUAAGGUUUUAAAUCGGUUUCAAAAAAACUCAUCGAUUUCCCGCAUAACACAAAACUUUUUAAAACCUAAUUAUACUCCUUCUUUAAGUAUAAAAUAUAAAACAGACCUGAUUCUCUAUUGAUUGACUAAAAUAAAGCAAAGUUUUGUUUGUGGUUUCUAUAAAAUAUAUCUUAAUUUCCAAGACCAUCGAAAAUUAAUGGGGAAAAUGCAUGGUACAUAUGUAGACAUUUUAUACCGAGCACGAUUUCUACAGGAGAUUAAAAGGAAGUGCAUUUUAAAGUCGGCAUCCUUUCAAGUCGAAAAUUUUAUAAGAGUAUGCAUUAAGAUAAGCAGUAUCCCAAUCGUGACCAAGUAAUCCUUCCUAAUCGAAAACACAUUUCAGAAUUUCAGCCAACAUUUCAUGAGAUAGGUCACGCACUGAACAUUCUGCAUGCAGGCAAAAGGAAGUUUUUUUGAAUUCCGGUAUCCUAAGGUAACUGCAUUACUUUAAGAUUUUGUUGCAGGUCGACGAUUUUUAGAACCAUACUUAAUUAAUCUUCCUGAAACAAAAACGCCUUUUGGAAUUUCAGUUGACAUUUCAUGAGUUAGCCCACCUACUGCAAGUCCACCGUGCUAUGGGAUAUACGGUGGAUAUCAAGCCCAAACUGUCGGGUUACACAUUUGGUUUUUUUUAAAAAUGUUUUACUCGAUGAAGGGACACGAGGAUUUUUAUAGUCUUUAAAUUAAAUCGGUCAGUAUUAGUCAGUAUAUUUCGAGUAAACGACAGAGGCUCUCAAAAUCCCAUUUAACCAGUGCUGGUAGCCAUACAUGCAGAAGUUGUACAUGUUAUGCAAGUGUUUGGAAUGCAUAAAAUAAAGAUGGGGCAUACAUAUUAAAAAGGUGAGCCGUUCUCUAAAUAACGGCGAAAAACACGCUGAAUGCAUUCGCUCUAUACAUCACUGUACAUAUACCGAUCUGUUGAAGUCGUGUAAGUAGUCCGAUCAGUUGCUGCAGCUAUAGGUAUGGCUUAAAGUAUACAAACUCUAUCUUUUCCAUUUAAGGAAGAGCAUAAAAUCCUUCAUCGAUUUUAGGGGACCAUAUGCAUCUUAGCGUUAAAAGAUACCGUACUAGCAGCAUAGGUGCCAGCUCAAAGCCCAGACAAGCAUGUUUUGCCGAUAUGCUGUCGUCGCGUGGCGCAGCUGCACAGGGGUCAACUCGUCAGAGGGUCUCUUAGCAUUCCCAGUGUGCUUCCUGGUAGAUCUUUCGGCUUAAAAAUUGUCGCAAGAUUCGUUAGCAACCGAGAGCACACAUGGAAUGCUGGGAACACAACGAAAAACCAAACCUUUCUCAGGUAUUUCCAUGAAGCUGCGGAAUAUGACGAAACACGUGUGUCUGGGCUUCUGACUGAUACUUGUUCUGCCAGUACGAUUUCUUAUAACUAUCAUCCUGAGGCGUGCUUCUAUAAUAAUUCACUAACCACGGGAUGCUGGCUUUUGGAACAAUUUGUGCUGCUUGUACGAUAUCUUAUAACCCCAAAAUAUACCACUUGCUGCUUGUGUGCAGUUAAUGAAAAUUAUGCGGUUAUCCAGCUGUGCUAUAUAGACUUUAGCUCCAAUAUUAAUACCUUAAAAUUCAGUCUCUGUCUGUUGACAUUAGUAUCAACUGAUUUAAUCUAACUUGGCAGUUAACUUCUGAGAAAAUUAAAAAAACCAACUACAUCACUAGUUUCGAAGCAUUAAUAAAUUUCCAUCGGUUGCAAAUGCGCUUAAGACAGGUGGCCGAAAAUUGGGGCAUCCAAAAGCCAAUAUCCUAAAAUAUCUGAGAUUAUCUGGGAAUUAUACCGUACGAUAAUCAAUUUUACGAACUCAUUAAAGCAACCUCCUCAAUUAAAACUGCACUUCAGAAUUUUACUUAAUAUUCUAAGAGAUCUGUCACUGGCUCAAAAUUAGGUGAGCUUACUCAUGAAAUGUCAACCAAACUUUUGAAAUGCGUUUUCGCUUCAAAAAGAGUAACUGAAUAGAAUUGUACAAAUAAACAUCCUGAGUCGUGAUUCUAUAAUGAUUCACUUACCAACAGGUUGCUGGCUACUGAACAAAUUUCUUUCCAUCUGCAUGCAAAACCUACAAUCUGUAAAAGUUACUACUUAACUGGCCUGCCUUUUUCUCAUAGAUUUUCGAUGCCCUUAGAUAUUUUAUUACAUUUCGUGGAAAGCAUGAAUAAGCAUAUUCAUAAUUCUACUCAUUCAGUAGAAAAUUACGUUUUCUUUCAAUUUUUUACUCAAAGGAAGGGUUAAGCUCGGAUUGCAAAAACAUUUCCAAUUCCCGAAUGAUUGUGAACCUGACCUGUUCUUACACUUUCAUUCAGGAUUUCUGAACCUCAACCCGUAUAUUUUUUGCAUAGGGAAAAACAUGCAUUACUGAAUAUUAUAAUUACACAUUUGGAAGUGGAAUAAUUUCACAGUGGGUAGAACUUCUGAAUGCGCCAUCUAGCGAAUUUUACUUGAACUUUUCAUAAAGUACACUGCUGAUGUUCCCUGACGCAAAACCACAGCAUACGAUGUAUGAAAUUUCUAACUUUUUCUUGACAUUGUUAUCAUAUUAUUUUAGUGUGAUAGUAUGAUACGCAAUCCAUUUGGAUGGACCGAAUAUCAAAUAAUUCAACAGUUUCACGAAUGUUAAAUAGACGCUCACCGAAACGGCCGUUCCGGUAUCCCUCAUAGUUGUCGGUAACAACAUUUUGCCAAUUUCAGGAAUAAUUACUUGAAAGAUCAGUUUAUCGUUCUCGAUAAUAUCGUCUGCGGUCUCCAAGUUUCCACACCAUAAGUGUAGUUAAAUUUGCUAUUGAAAAGUGCAGACAUGUCAAAAAGCACUGACGCUUGCAAUUCAGCCGUAGCAGACAGGAACUAUGCCAUAUUUCCUAAAAACUUACUCACAGCAACAAGCAGAUCCAGAUUUUUAAAAUAUAUUUUCUGUAUGUUUUGGCAAAUUAAGUCGGAAUGCUCAAGCAUUAUCAAAAGCACAAAUAUGAGAAUUGCGCUCACUGCACCUUAGUUCAUAGUAACCAAUGCCAUUGAAAUUGGGGGAUAACAGCUUCUUACUUCCUUAUGCUAGUUUUUUGCGGUGGAUUCAUGAAGGCGGACGAAGGCACAUUUACCAGCCCCGGCUAUCCAAGCAACUACCCUCCCAGCAAAAUAUGCACCUGGUGGAUAAAAGUCCCCGCUGGGUUUGCCGUUGUCUUAACAUUCGAGAGUAUAGAAGUAAGUGUACAUGUGAUGUUGACAAUAGUUAUUUAUUGUAACUUUCUAUUUUCCUUAGCUGGAGGACCAACCGGACUGUCCAUACGAUUACAUAGAAAUCUUUGACGGCUCUUCGGAUACUUCCCCUGCUAUGCGCAGAAUAUGUGGUAAUAAAUCACCAGAACCAAUUUGGUCAACGAAUAACACGAUGGAAGUGCGAUUCGUCGCUGAUUAUGCAGUACAAAUGAAAGGAUUUGUAGCAAAGUUUAAGAAGGGUAAGCUGAGUUGCGUUAUAUUGAGUGUAAAUUACUAGCAGGCAGUGAACCACAACUUAUAAAAUCGGAGAUGCUGAGAUGAAAAUUACUUGGUUAAGUGAGAUUCCCAGGUACUCUACAUGGAGAAACUAAUCCCGUUGUUCAACAUGUUUCGUUUUCAUGUGUGGGUUUGCUCGGUGCCUAACUCCUCUACUCGGAGCAAAACUUGGAAAGGAAGAACAUACAUGAGUUCGCAUAGCUCCUAUGCUAUCAUAGACAUGCGAAUGCUUUGACUUCCAAAUCGUACCCAAAAAGAUCAGGGGUGCAACCAUAUGCGAUGCAAAGGGAAUUAAAUACAGAUGACGUCUGAGCUAGUAAUUCACAUUAUUUUUGGUUGGAUUUCAACAUGCUGCGUGAAUAACAAAAAUUAAUCCUUUCGAAAAUAUCCCGUUAUGAUUAACCAUGUAAACCACCUUAAUGUCUAAAGGACUCAACACAUGACUUCAUUUGGACUCCAAUAAACAUGUUUAUUUUGGCUUUAAUAAAAAUCAGGUGGGAAUUCAAGAAUUCCCCAUGGAAUAAUGUUCAUGUGGUUUCACCAGAUAGGAUGGCGCACUUCAUAACAUUCCUUGUUCGCGCAGGUUAAUUUUGAGACAUUGAGGCUCAAAGUUUCCCUGGACUGCAAAAUUCCCCAAAAAGCGUGGUGGAUUUUGCUGAAUGUCAGAACCUUGUUAUUUUUAGUUCCCUACUCUGACAUUGACCAAUGCGCUAUUGCGAAAGACGACUGCGAGCACAUCUGCGUUGCCGUUCCAGGCAGUUAUAUGUGCAAAUGCUAUGACGGUUACAAUCUUCUACCGGACGGAAAAUCAUGUCAAUGUAAGUUAUGCUUUCAUAUUUGACUGCGCGUUUUUUUCUGCGAUGUUUUAUAAUUUCAGGUCGGAAACGGAAACCGGUCACCUCCGCGUAUUGCUCGUAUUGCCUUCCAUCUUUUAAUUUUAGUAUUUUUUCCUAGAACUAACCCUCUUAAACCUGGCACUAAUCCUUCUGACAGUGGUCCUAGCAUCAACCCUCCCAACAUUAACCUCCUGGAAUUUUAGCUCAUAAGCAGAACUGGGGGACGUAUUAAUUCCCCUAUCCCACAAAAUUUAGCCUCCAAGCUGAAGCUGACAAACAGCUUUUUCCAUCAUCUCGAAGGAAACAUGAUUUUUCGAUACCAUUAUCUGUCCAAUAUCAUGAACAGUCAGGAAAAUAUGAGGACUCUAGCAAACCACGCCUCCGGUCGAUAUCUUAGCUUUUCUCUGAUACAAAUGUUUUAGGUUUGCUGUCGGUCUUCGUGGUUAUUCCGGUCCUUUAAUAGAUAAUUCCGGUGAUUUUAUUUACUCAUCUCCUUACAGUGCGUCCUUGUGGGGGCUAUUUAAGCAUGAACAACGGCAGCAUUACCAGCCCCGGCUUCCCCAGAGAAUACCCACCAAACAUUAAAUGCGUCUGGAGUAUUCAAGUGCCUGAUGGAUACUGUGUGCUCCUCGAAUUCGACAGUUUCGAAGUAAGUGAUUGUGCAAAAAACUGCGGUAACUGCAUUUGAUUUUAUUAUAAUAGGAAUCGUUUAAAUAGGCUUAACAAGAACAAUAUGAUUGUGAGUGUGUUUGUAUGGGUUUGCGCGCUUAGUUCAUCGGUUGUUCCAGUUGCCGGCCUUUUUGCAGCGAUAACCCACGCCAAAUGCAGGACUGCGUCUCAUUCUUUUAGGCUUAAAUGAUUGUGCGCAUCUGCUGUGCCAUAAUUCAGCUAACCGAUGGGCCUGAUGGGCGUUGGCGGUUCCCGGGCACCUGGCUUCCUUCCGGUAAAUGCGCUUGCGCUGGGUAGGCAGGCGUGUGCAUGGUUGACCAAUGCCUUGUUUUAUCCUCCCCUUUUUCGGACCAAUUUUUGCUGUUGGUUAAAAUCCUGGUCAUGUGUUUGUUGUGCACCAGGUGUUGUGGUGGUACGCCUAGGUUCCCGUCCGGUCAUGCCAGCCAUUACGCCCUCUCCCGCCUUCGUUCUUCCUGACUAUGUCUUGACAGAGGGCCCAGGUGGGGGGAGGAGAUUGUGCGGUAGGUGCUACAUAAGUCUACUCUCAUUAAAAACAAGUUCACACACAAAUCCCCGAGCCUACGAAUCACACGGUGGAGAUAGUCAGCAACGACGUUUAAACUGCCGGUUGUUCCAGACGAGCAGCUUCGCGGAAGUCCACAAGGUAACUGUUAUUAGUUGUUGAAAUCUCCGUGAGGGGAUGCUUUUCGAUUGAACACAUUCGCAGGAGUUCACGAAUCCAGUUUGCGCUCACGCAGGCAUGGUGUUGUGCAUGCAAUGGAGAUAAAAUUCUAGAAAUACUUAUCUUACUGGUCUGUGUGUUGAAAGAACUGCCAGCUGAAUACGGUACAAUUACUAUCACCAAAGUGCCUAUACAAAGAGAGGAAACAGUGUCAGUUAUUGGAGUUCUCGGUCGGAAGUUUCAACAAUAAGACACUACCCGCUCUGACGGUUUGUGUUACGCGAAGAAUGUUCAAAAAAUGUCCAGGCUGAUGUGUCACUCCCCCAUAUCCCCAGAAGCUACGUACAGUACCUGUGCUAACUCAUGAAAUGUCAUGGAUUAACACAGAUAAACGACUUUAACGCAGGAUCGGUAAACACUACGGCUUCCAAAGUCUGAUAGCGGAAAAUAAAAAAUGUGUCAAAGAAAUAAAACAGAGUUUAGUUUAGAAAAUAUUAACUGAGAUAAAAAUUAGUAAUUUUUGACAGACGUCACAUUUUCGAGAAACGCCUAUAUUACAACCAAAUGAAUAAGGGCUACGUAUAAGGGCGUAUAAAGGAGGAGGGCGCAUAAAAGGGCAAAAAUAAUUAAGGACAGAAACAGAUACAAAAAAUCAGUACUUUAUUGAUUGUCCAUUGGAAUGAAUAACGCAGAAAGUCUGUCAGAUAUAGACAUGACGCGGUUGUCUAGGGUGGAUUUUAAAAUGUAAUUAUUGAGUAUGAAAUCAAAUUUUUCCUGCAUUGAAAGAGUUUUCUUAGCUUUGUGCCAAUUUCUUUUGACUAAUCCAAGAAGAUUUUCGAUAGGAUUCAAAUAGGGACAGUUGGCCGGGAUGAAAAUGGAUUGGGGGUCAAUUGCUGAGAGGGUGGUUGUUGUCUGAAAUGUUAGAAUAUAUUUGCAAUAUAUUUGCAUCAAAUUCGUACCUCUAUGGAGUGGUGGACAGGUGCAUUGUCGUGCAAAAUUACAGUAUCCAUUCGGCGCCGACUUAUGCCGUUGUAGCCGAAAUCAUCCUUGACAAUUGCAAUAAACACCUUGCUGUUGGUGGUGUCGGAUGUUGACCGCCAGACAGGCCGCUCACCGAAUUUAAUCGCCAUCCAAACAAUCAUCCGCCGACAGUUCUUGAAUGUUGCCGUCGGUGUAGUGCGUUGUCUUGGGAAGUUCUUUCCACAUAUGACGGUUUGGAGCGAUUUCGUAAGCUUGUCUAAAAAUAAAACCUCAUCGCAAAAGAAAAUGCUCUUCCAAAAUGAAGAUCUGUAAUCAAUAUAAUUCUUAGCAAAUAAAAGAUGUUCUCCAAUUAGUUUUCUACUUAAAUAUGGCCUAAUCAUGGCCUUUCGCCGCUGCAGUUCAAAUUCCUUCAUCCUUUUCCUAAUGAUGUUCAUAGAAAACACCGGCAGAUGUUCCCGUUGGAUGAUCUCAAUGGGCAUGUAAUGAAACUUUUUUAAUGUACGACGAAUAAAAUCGUCGUCUUGCUUACUUGUGGACCGUUUGGGUCCCCCUAUCUUAUUUCUAGGAACAGUGUUAUCAUUAAUAAUGCGCCACAGAGUGACCUUACUAAUAUUGAAAAUACUAGCCAACGACUCAGGCGGGACUCCCUCCCCAGCUAAUUUUUGAAUACGCUGAAAGUCAACUUCGGAUAAGUAUUGUUUAGACAUAUGUAUCGUUUGGCGUGGUAGAGAAAAGUGACGGCAUGUCGCGCGAACUCAAUAUAUAUUCGUUUACGAUACGCAUUUUCGGCUGGUAAAACAAUCACACUGAUAAACUUUUUUUAUUUCGGUAUUUUGAAACAUAAAACAUUACGGAUUUGUAAAAUAGAAUUUUUAGAUAAAGAAUCGCACGUUUGUACCUGAAUACAAUAAGAAAUAAUUUAUUUGCAUUUCCCUGAUUUUCUUGAUAUUGAAAUUUAAUUUUUUCUUUUUGUACGAAAGUUUAUUGAAAAAUUUCUUCUUUUUAUUAAUCUUCUUAAACAGAUUAAUAAGGUAAAAUACAGAAUUUCGAUCAGAAAUCUUCAAUAGCGUAGGCAACUGCUUGAAUAUCAGGAAUCCUCCGAUUUCGCCUAAAUUCGGCCCGUUUUCUAUUUAAUAUACAGAUCCGUAUCAAACUUUCCUUCAGCAAACGGCCUUUUCGUCCUUAUUUCAACUAAAUAAACACAAAUAACAACACCAAAAAUACGCUGAAGUUUCCACUAUAAUUUUGACCUCGGCAUUUCAUGAGUUAGCACAGGUACUGUAACUUCUAUCAAUUUUUUCGUUCACUGUACCCCGUCCCAUAUAACUGUACUGGCCUAUCGAAAGCAAUGUUCGCUUGGCAUUUUGUCUUCUGAAAGGUUAUAAAUCUGUGGUAAGCUUCACUUUUAUUGCCACUGCUCCAGUGAGCUCUCUGCCAUAACAGGGGAAGACAUGGACUCGGACAACACACUACGGCGGACACAUAACGUGUUCGGAAGAAAAAACAUAAUUAGGUCUCAUUUUCGGAUAGAGUACUAAACAAACCAUUAGAAGCGGUUAACUGAAAAGGCGUCUUUGGAAAACGAGUGUGGAGGGGAUAGAGUGGUAAAUUUCAGCACUUCUUACUCAGGAGUCAAGGAGGCGUUUUAUUGGCAAGUCAUAAAUGGAUAAACGUUGGAGAACAAUUACCCCACGCACGAGCUAUCGGCCCAACAGCUCCUAUCGAUCGAAGGCAACGAUAAACUGACAUUCCAGACCACCUCUCGGUGUGCGUAUGCUUUUAUCCACCUCCAUGGGGCAGGAUAUGUCUAUCAGGGUAAACGGUAUCUCAGCAGCAGAAGAAGAAGAAGAAGAAGACGAAAACGACGACGAAGAAGAAGAAGAAGAGGGAGAAGAAGAUGCGAUCGCUAGAACAAAGGGUUUAUUGGCUCGACGUUUUGGAUUCCCACUAAAACCAAUCAUUAGAGAUGGUCGCCGCUAACUUUCGAAUACGCUGGAAGUCAACUUCGGAUAAGUAUUGCUUAGACAUAGGUAUCGUUUGGCGUGAUAGAGAAAAGUGACGGCAUGUCGCGCGAACUCAAUAUAUAUUCGUUUACGAUACGCAUUUUCGGUCUGGUAAAACAAUCACACUGAUAAACUUUUUAUUUCGGUAUUUUGAAACGUAAAACUUUACGAAUUCGUAAAAUAGAAUUUUAAGAUGAAGAAUCGCAUCUUUUUUCAUGAAAACAAUAGGAUAUAAUUUAUCUGAAUUUUCAUGAUUUUCUUGAUAUUGAAAUUCAUUUUUUUCUUUUUGUACGAAAGCUUAUUAAACAAUUUCGUCAUUUUAUUAAUCUUCUUAAACAGAUUAAUGAGGCAAAACAAACAAUUUCGAUUCGAAGGCUUAAAUAGCGUAGGAAACUGCGUGAAUAUCAGAAAUCCUCCGAUUUUGCCUAAAUUCGGCCCGUUUUCUAUUCAAUAUACAGAUACGUAUCGUACUUACCUUCAGCAAACGGCCUUUUCGUCCUUAUUCCAACUAACUAAACGCAAAUAACAACACCAGAAUACGCUACAGUUUCUACUCUAAUUUUGAUCUCGCAAUUUCAUGAGUUAGCACAGGUUCUGUUGGUAUACGAUCGACCGGAGGCAGGAUCGCAAUGACAUACGAGCUUUGACAACCAUGAGCUGGACUGUUGAUGAACCGCCGCCAAUUUGGGUUUUGAUAAAGAAAAACUGUAAAUCCAUCAUCGAGGAAGCUGGUCUGCAUAAAGGCUGAUCACGGCGACAGUGGCCAAGAUCUCAUCUGCAGACCGAAUAUGGCCCUGCAGCACUUGCACAUACCGGGGGCAACAAUGCGGUUCGUUUGCUACUGAGAGUUCGAGGACCGUAGCCGACAAUGUUCAUUGUUAAGAAGUAAAAGCGACCUCUGGAACAAAAGCUUUAUUCGCCCUAGGUUUCGAUUUCUCACUUGAGCCCAUCAUCAGAGACGGUAACAGUUUCUGUGUAUUUCAUUGUGUGCUAGGCGUCUCAGCACGCACCUGGUUCACAAUAUGUGCCUGACCAGGAUUUUUUACCAACAAAAACAGCAAAACACCAACAGUGGUCGAAUAGGAUGAGGAUGAUGAUUGGGCAAUCAUGCCCACCACCCGUAUACCCAGAGAGAGCGCAAGCGCAUCUACUGGCAGGGAACCAGGCGUCAAGGAACUGCCACCGCAUAACAGGUUACGAAGACCCUGGUUCGCUGAUACUAGCAUAGAACGCACUUUCAGACCUUUUGACCACAAAUGACAGUUCAGCCGUCGGUUUGGAGGAUGUCCACCGUGUGCUCCACAUCAAGCGGAGCAGGGACUGUGACUUGUACGUGAGUGAUAGUGGACUUGCACGGCAUCUACCGCAUUCUCUCCUCCCCACUCCAAGCAGAACCCUGUGUCAAGACAGAGUCAAGAAGACCACAGGUGGGGUAGGACGCAUGUGUCUAGCAAGGCCGGAGCCGCACCUAUGCGUGCCGCCACAUGCGACUUGCCGCACACAUACACACGUCUCAUAAUUUGAACAACGUGACCGACGAUGUUUAUCCUGGGCUGUGCAGCAGGGUGACAUCAGGGACAGUUCCGUAUACUGCCAGAAGGAGCAAAUCCAUCUGGAUCUGAAGGUGACGUGAUUUUAUACCAAGUAUUAUAAGAAAGCGCUUAUUGUGUGUGUUUCCUGUAAAAUAUACUAGAACUUGCGGGGUCAUCAAAAAGCAGUGUGAAGAAUGCAUUCCACACACGUAGUUACUUUUGCGGUGUGCGAGUUUGGAGGAGGUCGAAAAGAAAUGCAUUCAAAAGCCAACAUCCGGACAAGUCCGAAAUAUUAUUGGCUUGUGCCGCGUGACAGGAAAUCUUAGAUUCAUAAACUAACAAAUUCUUUCUAAUCCAAAAAGCACUUUAAAAUUUCGGCUAAAAUUCCAUCAGACCGAUAAGCAUCCAAAAUCAACGCGGAAUAUUAAUGCCUCUUAAGUAGUACUUUUUAUCGAAUGUUGCAUUUUAGGCCAUCUAAAAAACUACUUAUCAAAAAGCUGAUCUCCCGAUUUGGCUGAAAGGUUCUGGGUCUAUGUUUCACGAUAAUCAAUGUGGCAGCCCUGGUUAAGUAAUCCCUACUUAAGUAAAAACAGUUCUCAGAUUUUUGACUAACAUUUCAUUAGGUAUGCCAGAUACUGUGUGUCGGUCCAGUUCUGACAAACCUCGUCUAUAAACGAGGAUACCUGAACAAUCCUAAAAAACACCACGAAGGUGCUGAGCCAAUUUAGUUCUAGCUUUAUACGGAGAUUACUUAAAAGACGAUAGCAUCAACAGAUUCGAAAUACCUUCCCAGCGCCGCCUACGGCCAUUUCCAAGUUACUUGUCAUACAGCGAUACGCCAACGACGUGGGACGGCAUGCCGAUCCUCCAUCAACUCUGACCUUUUCCCUCUAACAGCAAUUUAUCGCCCAUCCUCCUCUGUGCCCGGCCUUAGUGCCGGUCGAUUUGGCUUGGUUGUGUCAAUAGAGUACUCGACUAAGCAAUAAAUUCAAUUAAAUCUUCAAUUUCAUUUAUGACAACGCGCUAAAUGUGGACAUUUGAGUGGUUGUAAGAUGAAGGGAUAGAAUGGUAUCAUUUAGUAUUGAAGCUCAGACAACAUUUAUUAAUGUGACCUUUUAUAGCAAUUAGACUGCGGCCGCUGUUUGGGCUCGAGAGAGUGUCCGUCCGGCAUAACGGACCGAGUGAGUUCCGUAAGAACGAUCGGUGAGCGCCCACUACUAUUGUAUAUUCCCCAUUGAAAAACUGACAGAGUAACGAGCUCGUGGCCCAGUGGUUAGAAGCAUGGACAUCUAACAGAAAGCUCGCGAGUUCGAGCCUCGGGUGCUGCACACUUCGGUGAUGGGUAUGACUGGCUAACGACGGCUAAUAAGCCGGAGAAGGCCGUUCCAUUCUCUGUUGUCUUAGCCGGCUAUACCAUUCUGCCUAUAUCAUGCGCCGCUGUGCGGCUGCUGGUUGACUCUAGAGAGAGAGUCUAUAAGGCAAAACGGAACGAGUAAGCUCCGUAAGAACGAUUAGUGAACGUCCCUACCACACUUAUUUGAGCUCUGGGUACAGUCUGCUGCGUUAUACGGUGCGAAUUUCGUCGUAUUUUCUAAUUGUCUUCCACAGUUUUUACGCCUUCAUCCAUCCGACCUGACCACGAUAUCGGAACACAUCAGGUGCCAAACAUAGAGUACAGUAUGCUGCAUACAGUGCACACCUGCGUCAAUGGGCACAAACGUACAUGCGAAUGCCAACAGUCGCGCAUUUAUCUAACUGAUAGGUUUGGAAAAUGAUAUAUGGGAAAAGUAAUCCUUAAAAACGGUGUUAUUCCACCGCGGCAACCGGGCUUUACCAAUCAAGUGGAAUUAGCCCCAUGUUAGAAGCGUCGAAGUCUAAUAGCAUCUAGGGGUUUUCAGAGUCCAAGUGCAUCCGACGGGUUUCCUCAGAAGAUAUCGCUAUAGCCUAAACCGAGAGCGAAUCCUUGACCACCAUUAUCUUUAAGUUUAAUCCCGAAUGGAAGUAGAAGAUGGAGGCCAGUUGGAAGGGUGACAUAUUUUGUACAGAAUAACUAGAUAAGGGAUCGGAUAGAGUUAGGAGUCGGAUGUGGGCGAGCCCGCCGCCAGGAGAUUGACGUACAAAGUCUCUAACGGGACUGCUUGGUUGCUAUUUGAGUAUAAUAUGCUACAAAUGACAAAUUAAAACUGACCCUUGGUAUCAAAUGAGGUAUGGACUGUACUGCCAAUAGAAGCGAGGAGACGAAUCCCAGGAAGCAAUCUGGAAGAAGGAGACACGAUCGCUGGGACAAGAGUUUUCUUAGUCUGGCUUUUACGGAUUCCUGCUUGAACCCAUCAUCAGAGACAAGCGCAGAUACGUGUGUUUCAAGCAUAAGGAGCUGUAGUAUUUAUAGGAUGCAGUCGCCUUGCCACCACAUACCUAUGAAUACUAACGGCUCCCCUCUUCAUCAGGGAUGGUUGCACGUGGUGUGAUGGCCGACAUUCGCGUAGUUAAUUGCUGCAAAUUCAUCAGGUGCGUUGGAUGUUGGUUUGAUGACUGCUCAGCCAUCUGACGCACCGACCCCGGUGUUGGGAAAAGUGUCCACCUGGGCGCUCCCCGCGUGGCCAAUUGACUGUACUGUUUUGCACCGGCUACAGCGUGGAGAACAACAUGCACGGGACUACUUGACACGCCUGCGGUCGUUUUUAAGCCACUGGAACAUUUAACUGAGUUAAAAAGCACCAUAUCAACCAUGCAUAUUUGGUCAUCGUGAACAAAUAAGUCAGACACAUCUUGAAUUGCAGUUCUGUUAAGAACUGCCACUGAUUAUCUGAAUAUUACGAAACACUGUGCGCAUGCGAGGAUUGACUGGUGAAUGUGGAGGAACCUAACACUGUUCCAUCCCUAUCAUCAUGAGUUAUUCAAAAUAACCGGUCAGGCUGGUGCGACGUUCAAAGGCGUGGUCAGAUUGCGUACGGGCACGAUAUGCAUCAGCACUGCUGGUUGAGGAAGCAAUUGUGAAGGUUGCGUAUAAUGGUGGCGUCAGUGUCGAAGGUGGAUACGGUGCUGGUAGUGAUUUUGGGAUUGGUUGUGGUGGUGGUGGUGGUGGUGGUGGUGGUGGUGGUGGUGGUGGCAGCGGUGGUGGCGGCGACUGCGUCGGUUCUGGAGGAUGAUGUGUUGCUGAUGAUGGCAGCGACGGCUGCGGCGUCGACCAUGAUCCAGUGAACAUUACGCGGAGCCUACAGACGUCCAAAGAGGUUGACUUAUGUUCGAAUUGUCCGUUGAUUGUGGGGAAAUGAUGACGGGGUUUAAUGUCCGCGUCGCGGUUUUGUUACACAUAAACACUAGGGACCGUCAUUUCGCUUUCACAUGCGUUAAUUUGUCGGUGGCAAAGGUCUCCGACAAAAUUUUUAACACAGUUGGCAACAUGCGAUGAUUAUGAUACGGGGCGUGUCAAACAACCAAAGUUGGAAUGGCUGAGUGUUUUUUCGUGCACAGUGCUUUUUAUUAACCCACUGAAUAGGGCGAUGAUCAUAACAGUUCCAAAUAGCACGAGGUUGACAUCGAGGAAUAGGGCGCAAAUAUUCAAAAUAAAAUGUUGUAUCCGGCCGUGGGUUUUGAAGAACAGAAACAAAGUUGCGCAAUUUUAGAUGAAAUUGUUUGUACUCCAAAAGGUUGAUGACAAUUCCGGGGUCUAUUAUUUAACGACUUAUGCUAAUCAUUAAUGUGUUAUCUUUGAACAUUAAAAUUGGGACGGCCCGGACUGAGCUCCUUCCAAACCUUCUAAAAUGACCCUAGCUGUCUUGAUUCCAAGAUUUCUGGAGCACAUGCAGACCAAGUGUAGACUUAGAUUCAUCUACGCACGUUUCAGGAAAAUUUUCAGCCGUAGGAAAGAGUUAUUUUUUACUUGUUGCUAUGAACUUCCAAGUAGUUUGUGCAUGCAACUAGGAUAACGAAUCACUCACAGCCAUAAACGUGGCGCAGCAUUAACGUGUGCGUUCUGUCGUCAUGCAAUUAUUAAUUACUGCACUUUAUGCUCAAUAGCUGGAGGAACAACUUGAGUGUCAAUUCGACUACCUAGAAAUCUACGACGGCCCCUCGGAAUCUUCACCCCGUUUGCGGCAGUUAUGUGGGUCUAAAUUCCCAAAUCCUGUUGCGUCUAAGAUGAACGAAAUGACAUUGAAAUUUGUCUCCGAUGGUCUCUUCAGCAAGAAAGGAUUCAAAGCCAGGUUUCGGAAGGGUAAGUUUUGUUUAUAACUUAUCGAUGCGUGGUUAACAGAGUAAAUAUUGUUAUUGGUCGAUAUGUAGAGAUAUUACUAAUAUUAAUAGGUUGUUGCAUAUUGGGCAUUUAUUUACACUUACAUACUCGGAUUCCACGUGCAUAUCAGCCAUUCUCUUUACGCUUAUUUUAAUCUUCGUUAAUUGUACCGUCACUCUUCCUCUGGAAGGAUGCAGCGCAGAUGUGAAUACAAACGUAGUCUUCGACAAAAUAAGUAUUCAUACUUUGUGCCAUCCACAAAUCGUCCUAGACUCCGUUUGUGCGAUAUCUGCUUGUGCGAGUUGUCUUGAACAUUAGGCGACGUGUAGUUCAGCAGUUUCUUAUAUGUUCCUUUGGAACAGUCUCCUUACAGUGUUUCAUUAAAAUUCACGAUGCACCUUAAAUUGAUCUUAACCAAACACGCUGAGCCACCAACGGCGGAUAUCCAUUUAGAGUUUAUACGAUAGAUACUGUCGUAUUUUAGGGUUAGUAAGACCUCACUGUGUGUCUUUAUUAACCGAACUACAUCCAACUACCAGCAUGUGACUACGUUUCCUAUAUACGACUAUAUGAGCACGAUAGCUGUGUUUAAAUGCAAAGAAAGCGGAUUGUUCAUGUGAUUUCGCAAAUUGGAUGGGCCAUCUCUACCAGGAAUCUAUCAUGACAUGAGUUACAUAAUCAGUCCACGUCAAAGCCUUCAGCCAUGAGACUCGGGAAAUGUUUGACAUUUUUUGUUGACUGAAGAAUAUUUGAUCUCCUUAGUUCUCGACGCGGAAAUUGACCACUGCAUUACCGCCAAUCACGGCUGCGAGGAUGUCUGCGUUAACGUUGCAGGAGGCUAUAGGUGUCAGUGCCGUGAUGGAUACUAUCUGCUUCCGGACGGCACAUCAUGUCAAUGUGAGUUACAGGAUCGAUUUUCCUCUAUAAUGCAUCAAUGUUCUAGUUUUCAGAUCCCAACAACAGAAAGCUGUUUCAGUUUUCCAGAAGAAAUCCUGCGAUUUGGUUAUAGUCCGAGAAUUAAGAACGGCUUAUUGGGACAGCCUUUUGGAAUGCUGACGUUUCGGGGAGCUUGGUCGAGCCACCAUUGCCAUAGCUCAAACUGCGUAUUAUCAAGCAGAAAUAAAAAUGGCGUGCCACGCCAGUCUACCUCGUGAUGCUCGAUGUUUUUUGUUUCUCGUUGCUCCGGUAUUUAGGGGUGUUUGGCGGGCCUUUUAGAUGCGUGCGCUGAGACGUACCAACCUCGUCGGAGGAGUUGGCUAUGUCGUGAAGGAGGCACCAUCGCUGAGACAAGAGCUUUAUUCGCCUGACGUUUCCGGUUCCUUCUCUAACCCAUCAUCAUAGACAAUAGAAGAUACCAGUGAUGAGAGGCUCGAGGAGGAAUCCGAAACGUUGGGCAAAUUAAGAUAUUUUCCAAGCGGCCGUGUUUCCUUCUUCACAUUUCGUUCAGUCUCUUUGGCUAUUGAUCGGUCUGGCGGUUCCUAUUCUUCCCUGUCAAGCGGGUUCGUCGUCGGGAUUUGCCUGCGCCGUUUCUGAAAAUUUAGGAUGGUUUUUAUGCUUAGCCUUUUGAACGUAAUGACUCAGGGCUUUCUACGCUGCAGGAUGAUCUACACCCCUUUAAUUGAGUAGACAUCUGGGUACCACGGCUCAAAUGUUAUCCAUUUGGCCUUUAAGUUACCCCGGUCUAGGAUGGCAGCUACUUGACGAUCAAAACUACAGUCUGUUUCUUUAAUGUGCAUUUAACCUUGAGAGUUUGUGUUUAGCCUCCUAACUGCCGAUUUGUUGGAGCGUGUCAAAUUCUACCCGGUUUACCCUACGAGGCUGUAGUUCCCAUUAUCGUAAUUUAUUUUGUAGAGGACCGCUGAUGCUCCAUUGGAUAGUAACACGGCCUUAGGUUGCAUCAAAUGGCACCGAAAUGUUGCCUAGAGUCGAUCGGUUAUGACUACUCUGGCGGGCCGUAACUGCCGAAAGACCACCUGGAAGACCCCUUUAACGUUAUGAAUGGCCUCCAUUCUUAAAACGCUUCUCCGUCGCCCGCUGUCUGUUCGUUCGGCGGGUGCCUUAUUUCGACAAAAUAACUGGAAUUAGCAUUGACUGCGAAGAAAUUCUGAGGAUUUAGUUAUUAAGCCCCUAAAUCUGCUGGAGUGCUGCUCUGUGCGUCAACUCUUUGGAGAAGAGUCCGGGCACAGCUACUUUUGUUAAACAGUAGGUAAUAUUUGUUAAAGUGCAGUAUUUGGCUCGCCUUGGUGGCUUUCUGAAUGCUGUUGUUUGUGGUUGUUUGAUUGCGUACUGGCGCAUAAGCACACCGAGGAAGGGCAGUUGUUUGUUUGUUUAGGCUUCCAUCUGCAAGGGAAUAUUUAGGUUGACUGGCACGGUUAUUCCUUAAGAUGUUAAAUGCCAUAUCCUUUGACCAUGACGAACACGUCCUCGACAUAAGGAGCCGAGGAACUUCGUUGAUACUUAGUGAAAAGCAAGUGUUUUAUUUCUUUAAAAACUUCUUCUGCAAUCAGGCCUCACAGAGGAGAGUCCAAAGGACCACCUUUAAUUUGUUUGUGCACUUGUCCACCAGGUGUUGAAUACACUUUAUGGCAGUUUAACGGGAGCUUGAACAGAUGGUCGGAAUAUAGGGGCUUCUCUGUCUACUCAUAGUGUCCAGCCAGCAGUUGAUUAACAACGUCUAUCGCCAGAUUACCCUCAAUAAGCCACACGAGGACUAGAUUGGAGUCAGCGGGCGUUAUCGGGAAUGUAAACCCAACACAAAUGCCAACAUUCAGGGUGUCGCCGCUCAGUGAGAUACCUACCCUCCCCCAUUGAUACUGUCGGUUAAAAUGCUGGUGAAAUGUUUGUUGUGAACCAAAAAGUGUGUGGUUGCACCAGGUCAGCCGCUUGCGUCUGCUGUUGCCUCCGGCCUUGACAUCAGAUCGCGGUGGAGGAGAAGGCGCGAUGGGUGCUUCACAAGUCCACUAUCAAUAGAAACUUAUUCACGAGUGGGUCAUCGUCCUUCUCUCACACGGUGGGCAUAAUUGAAACCGGUGGUUGAACUGUCUAUCUCCGAAUGCUGUGGAAUUGAGGCGAAGAACGAAGCAGAUUUGUAGGAUUCCGUGGAUUCGUCCAGCCAUAACGACAGAUGUUUUAUUCGCUUGAAGAAUCGAAUCACGGACGCUUUUGUUGUCCGUGAGCUUGCGUUUAAAAAACCCCAGAAAACUGAACAUCCAAUUUGCCAAGCCAUAUGUCGCGGUUUUAUGAAAGGACAUGAUUGGUCUGAAUGGUAAAUGUACCUUGUAUACCUUUUGUUUCAUACCUAUCGGGAUGUAGCAGAUUAAUAGUGCUUCAAACAGGUUAAUCAUAAUGACAGGGUUAAGUCUUUUGCCUGUCAUUGCCUCGACAAAUAGCAUGUAUAUAUGCACUUUCUUCUCCACAGUGCAUUGCAAUCCCUUUUUCGCAGGUGUCGCCUGCAAAUACUUGUCAACCUCACUCAGUAGGAAGUCUGUACUAGUCUACGCUAUCAGUCUUUGUUCAUGUUGAUAUUAUCUGAUUCGUAUCAACCGGGAUGCAGAAUGCUAUCUGUUUCGUGACGGUUACCAUGUGGACGUAGAUGCUUGAGAUACGUUAAGCGAGCUCCUUUUUAUUUCCAUGCUUCCCGGGUACUUUGGUCCACAUGGUCAGUGAUUUCUCUUACUCACUCCCUUGCAGCAUCUGCUUGCGGCAAAUAUAUGAGGUCAGCCAACGAGAACAUUACCAGCCCAGGCUUUCCAAACGAAUAUCCACCAAACAGUAAAUGUGUUUGGAAGAUUCAAGUUCCCGUUGAUUACAAAGUGCUCUACAGACUCGACUUUUUUGAGGUAAGUCUCAAUGUGACAAACACAGCCAACGCCCCUAACCGUAAUGAAAGUGUUUUCAAUUAAACGCGUUUACCACCACAAUGGGUCAGUCGAGAUAAAGCUGGCGUUUACAAAAAGUGAUUUCUUUAAACAUUUCUGCCAUAGUUUUCACUACAGACACCGAUUCGGGCAGUUCCUCACAUUACACAGUAGAACUUAAUUGGAAGUGUAGAACAGGACACGGUGUAUGCAGAAACCUCCCUAAAAUAUUUGUCGAACAUAUAAAGUUGCAUGGCAUCAUACGGAACUUCAAAAUCCGCUAUUUCUGUUCACACACAAGUCGGCAUAAAGGGGUGUAUGUAAUAGCUGUUAAUUUCUUGUGAUACGCGUUUUACAUCCAUAACUUCUGGCAGGCGUAAGGGUCGAAUUUUGGGUGGUGUCAACUGACGUACAUGAGCAAACAUGAGCGAUCAUUUGCGAAAGUUAAUUCUGCAGCCGACUAGGUUAUCUGACACGGGUGAGCUUAACGUAAAUGCAAAUUGCUCACGAAGUAACGUGCCAUAGGAUCUCCAGUCGCCUGAUGUCGCCUUUAUCGUGGGCAGAGCAGACGCCGAGGGACGCUCGGGUGGUUGAAUAAUUCCCAACUGCAGUUUGUGUUCAAAGGUAGCCUACGCAGCCUGAAAACUGACUGGUUUCAGUCGUCUAGACCAUGCGAACACAGGAGGACCUGAGGUGCGUAUAUGUUGCGCAAUGUUAUGCUGGGCCUUGUCACUGCGAAGACUGAGGACGAUUGUAGCCGGGUCUUCAUGGAAAAGAUUCCGAAGCGGACUAUCAAUAGCUGUAUCCAAGACAGAUAUGUUGCCAGAGGUAGUAAAGGAGGCUAAACGAUGAACAGGUAGGCCAGUUGUACGAUGUGAUGGGCGGCAACAUCGCAGUCAACAAGGCGAUCAAACUCCUCUGCAGAGUCCGAGCCGAAGGUGGCAUGAGGGACAUCGACAAGCACAAAGAUGCACGAAAAAAAUCGACGAAGGCUUUGAUGAGGGUGAGGGGCAGGCUGCCAAAAAUGGGAAUGAAGGACCAUUUGACAGGUUGGAGGUGAAAACCAGAGCAGGUGAACCAACGGACGGCUGGAGUGGGAGGGACAACAUGGAUUUGAUCUCUGGUGCCCAUAAGAAGGCGUCUGCGAAUCACACUGUCGUACACAUAGAAGGUAUGACGAGAGCCGAAAGGUCAGAGACAAUGGUCGCGUCUAUUCUCUGACGGAGUGGUUUACCUCUCUAGUCUUGAGGGAGCAGGGGGAGGAACACUGACGGGCCUUAACACUGAAAUUAGUAUGAUCCCAUCAAAUAUCGACGGUUCGCGGUUCAGAGCGAGAACGUCGACGGCCGGGUGUGCGAAUGGAGUUAAGGCGUGCGAGCUUCAGUUGCAGGCAGGUCAUCUUACCCUCAGUGGUCGACAUCUGCUACCACAACUGCUCAUUCACUGUCGACAGCGAGGAUGCGGAGAUCUGGGUAACGGGGGGCGGCCUGAACCGCUCCACCUCUGUCAUCCGCACCAUCAUUUCAGCCAGCUGUGUGACUGUGAAAUCUUGAGAACUGGUCUCCAAAAUUGCUUGAACAUCUGUAGGUAGACAUUCUUGGACUACCGCAUGUUUCCAAGGAGAGAACGCGUUCAUGGUAGAAGUUCUGCGGGCGUUCGGUCACCCAGGGAUUCGUCCUUGACCAACUGGUGAUAGCGCUGUCGGUCUUGACAUCAGAUGCAGGUGGGAGAGGAGGCUAUAGUGAGGUGUGUACCACGCAAGUCUGCAACCCCUGCAAACUAAGUUACGUGCAAGUCACCUCUCUUGCUCUUAUCGUGCUGUAGAGUCCACGGCAGACACUGCCAGCAACCACGACGGAACUGUUGGCUGUUCUAAAAUGAAUGAAGCAAAUGCAGACAAGUUGUCCCAAGGUAAUAAAUUAGCAUAUGCUCUCUACUGAUGGCUUAUAAGUAGUCAGUGCACGUCAAUACGACAAAGUACUCCUGACAACUUUGAAAAUGUCCCUAACAUUGACAUGUGUGAUCCGCCGGCAGCAACUGUUCAUUAAUAAAUGUUUUGAUUAAUAGCUGGAGGAUAUAUUUGACUGCCCAUUCGACUACCUGGAAAUUUACGAUGGUCCCUCAGCAUCUUCGACCAGGCUGAGGAAGAUGUGUACGUCCAAAAUACCAGCACUAUUUUUGUCGACGACGAACACGAUGACCUUAAAAUUUGUCUCUGAUGGUCUCGUCAACAAAGGGGGAUUUAGAGGCAGGUGUGAGAAAAGUAAGUGUUUCCUUAUGUUACAGCAUGUGACUAAUUCACCCGUUUGCCCUUCAAUUGUUUUAAAGUAGCAGUAUUUAUGCGUGCGUAUUACGGGAUUUUUUGACCCACGUAAAUCAACAGAUUACUUAUCUCCCCAAAGCAUUGGCGGUUUCUUUUACUGGUGAUGAUGUGACUCGCAGUGAAAACACUUUUGCAUAAUAUACGUGGUAAAGUAACGCUGUCGCCAAUAAAUACUUCGGAAAUUCCAUUUGUCUGAUCGGGUCAGCCGGGGAAAUCCAAAUGCGCACAUAAAAACAAACAACAACUAACAGUGAGAAGAUGAAACGGAAAAUCCGAAAUAUAUGUUCGUCCACCCGCUUGACGCGGAGUAAACUUUUACGGGAGGAAGCACACAUAGUUCACGCCUAUCCAACAGCAAAAUGGUUUGACUUCCCAGAAGUAGUAGACUCGGGCAAUAUGACGACAAUUUAGCACGUAGAUUUGGAUGCUGUCCUCAUGAUUCUGAAGGAAGGUGGGUCCAGCCAAAGGCAAUCCCGACAGGGAUAUUGAUCGAAGUAGAUUUCUGGGGCUACGGUCGUUCGUUAACCAUGGAAUACCUUGUGGUGCACAGUGAAAAUUUUGGCCACUUUUGUGCAUUGUUCAAACAUCUAGCUACGAACGAGGACCCGGUCUUGAAAAUUGCUCAGCAAACUUUGCCGUUUACGUCUUAUUUAGCAGUUUCAGUUUACGUUCGUGGGGUUAUCGUUGUCCAUUACAUGGUCAUGGUUCUGCCGGUUACGUGAAUCGUACAGCUAGUUUAUAAAGUAGCGCUGUCGGCUAUCCGUCUGGCCUCUGCACUUAUUCAGAGGUUAAAAUGUAAUAUUUGCCUAACUCACAAGCGUUUGACGUGCUAUAACGCCGACUGGGAGUGUUCUUUAUAACAAUUGGGGAAAAAAACGACACAAGGCUUUCAUGACUUACUUAUGUCGAUGCAGAAACCUAGUCAAAGUACGGGAUUUGCAAGUUUUUCAGAAAGAUGCAGGUGUGUUAAAGUACAUACCAUUCCCCUUACUGUGUUACUCUUGUUGCAUGUGACCAUAUACCAGUCACAGUUCAUCCUCGAGGUUGACUGAAGGCUGGUGCUCAUGCAGUCUUGUGCAGAGGCGUUUCCCCGUUUCACCAACAUACCUUGCAUUGAAAUUGUGACACGGUAGGCUGUAGGCCACGGAUGAUAGAUCCGUUGCCGGUAGCGACACAUUUGUAGUUAUCAAGAGGAGUGACGUUCAAAACUUCCAUGUCUAACUCUACUCAAUAUUCCCCGACAUCCAAUUAACAAUGGAAGGACGGUUAGUGGGAGGAUAAGAACUUCGGUAUGCCGUAAGGCGACGAAUACCAGACGCAUCUUCCAAUUCCGAAGUAACCACCCUAUUGGUCACAAGCGGAGUUGUGUCAGAACUCUCUUCCAACUAGCAAGCAGGCGUCCUCGUUCGAGCCCAUGACAAAUGACUAGGCUGGUGCUCGAAAGCUGGUCCUCAGUUGGCACAAUCAACAGGGCCAUUGAUCUUCAUCCGCCCUACCAGGUGCUAUGCACAAGGCUCCACUCAGUCUAGACUGGGCCGACAGUUCUGGCGAGCGAGUCGCGGCUCCUCCAACAGUUGUCACCUUCAAAGCAGGGGGAAAGAGCCAGCCGGAGGUCACAUGACCAACGCGAGACAUCGACCCACCGACGCGCCCAAACAGCCGUGCGUGAUUCAUACAUGUAACGGCAGCUGAUCACUCCAUCCGAUUAUUAGGGGAGGGCCCAUGAGUACACAGAUUUUGCAGCGACUACGACAGACAGAGGUCACAGGAGCGCGCCAUCGGCCGCCCGCGGAGGGACCUAAGCAAAUCACCAACCAGAAGGCAGGUCAGAGUUCAUGCGUCAGGCACGCCUAUAGCACAGACAGGCGGCGAGACAGAGCAACUCCGAACCAGCAGGAACAGACACCACAGCAAUCUGAUAUUAGAAACGAGUAGGUUUCCGAAACGUCAGCACCAAUACAGUGUGGUCAAUGCAAUCGCCCCUUUUUCUUCUUCGUCUUCUUUUGGGGAUUAUGAACGGUAUAACUUAUCGGGAUCUCGAAUCUUCACUCAUGUUGAUAUAUAUAUGACGAUAUGAGGCUCGUCGGAAAAAAUCGAGCUUUAUAUCUUCAUCAUAUUAUCGCGGAAUGCACACUACCCGAGCCUUUCAGUCUACAUAAAUAUCGAAUGCCAUAUAUAGGCAGUGUGCUAUUAACAAUGAAGACAAAGGAGACUGAAAUGCCCAUUUCUGGCUUGUUAGCUGCUGGCCGCCAGUCCUACCAAAUUUUAAAGUGCAGGACCCCUGGGGCUCAAUCUCACGGCCGGUUAGCUAGAAGUCCAACGCCUCUUCCCACUGAGCCACGGGCUCGUUGUCCCGACAGCAACCGACAGGGCAACGAGCCGCUGGCUGAGUCGCUAGAGGCGUUGGACUUCUAACUAAUAGGUCACGGGAUUGACCCCUUGGUGCUCCACACUUCUGGGUUGGUGGUUACUGGCUGACAACGGCCAGCAAACCAGAAAUGGCCAUUCCAGUCUCCUUAAUCUUUGUCGGUAAUAAAAUUCUGCCUAUAUCAUGCGCCGCUGUGCAGCAGCUAGUUGGGCUCUACGGAGAGCCCGUAAGACACUACGUGACUAGUGCAUUCCGUAAAAACGAUCGGUAAACACCCCCCAAUCAUACACAUGAGAAUAUAUGUUAUGCAUCACAUAGUCAAGAGAUCGUAGACUGACGCGUCAGGUACCUUCAGUCAACGCAUAUUUAAGUUAUGCGAUUAGACUUGAAUUUAAUAAAAAAGAAAAAAAUGAUUCACUAAAUGCGAGGGGGAAUGGGCGACCCACCGCGAUAUAUAUCAUUUCUCCACACACUUUUUGUGACCGACUUGCUUCGGUUAACUUUGCAUUUGUUUUUUACCACUACAACUUCAUCCAAGAGAUUAAAACUAUUUUAGUUCCUUUAUUCUGACUUUUGCUGGUGCGUUCGGCCUUUUUGUCGCAUGCGAAUAUUCUCGGCAGCCGUGUAAAUUGGUCACAAUGUUAGAUUCUUGCUUGUCUAAUUCAACGACUUUAGCUUUAUAAACUCUGUUUUACUUGCACAAUCGUUAACAUCGAAAUUUUAUUGCACUUUAUCGGGACUGCAUUACACGAGGGUUAGAAUGUGUUUUUCUUUCCCUAGUAAAGACCACAAAUCAUAGGCGGAUAUCGAGAGGCCCAAAUAAAUGA